AUGCCCCUGGGUGACCUGACCACUGGUGUCGAUGCCUACAUUGGAGAACUGUUUGGCGAUACUUCGGGCUUCCUUCACAUUGGCUACUCCCAAGAAGUCACUGUCAACGUCACGCAUCCAGACAUUCCGGUCAACAGCCAUAUUUAUGAGACAGGACAGAUUAAUAUGCCUAGCCGAGCCUUCUUCAAAGGCGUGCAAAUGAAGACAUCAGGCAAGGUUACGGGCAUCGAUGACCUAUUUGUCUUCGAUGGAGGGUACGUUUCUGUGGAUACCAAUGGCAGCAUGGGUUCCUACACAGCUCCCGGUGAGAUCCAGCUGUCAUCGAUUCAUGUACAGGACCGAGGAAGAUUUGAGCUGUUCUCAUAUGACAAAGACAUUGGCAUGGACAUUAAUGUCACCAAUAUGACAGUUUAUGGCGGAGGCCUCUUCAAAUCCAAUGACCGUUUCAAUGUCACUGCUGCCCACCUGGUAGCCGUGUACUCAGGUGGUGAAAUCAAUCUUGACCACGGAGGUUAUGUCACCAAAGAGGUCAGGGGUCCAGGGUAUGAGCCAUCUGAGGGACCAGGCCAAGGCUACGGUGAGCUCUAUUUUGGUGACGAAAGGCUGAAGAACGUUGUCAUCAGGCGUGGUAUUGGUGGGCGCGGGGGCGGGGCUUUGAAGAUAAUGACACGUCACAUGAUUGUGGACGGCAUCAUCUCUGCUAAUGGCGAGACCCCUGACAGCACACACAGCGUUCAUGCAGGUGGUGGAUCUGGUGGCAGCAUCUGGAUCGACUGCGAGGAGCUGGACGGUUAUGGUCACCUGUCGACCGACGGCGGGAAUGGGCGCAAUAGUGGAGGGGGUGGAGCCGGUGGAAGGGUGGCUGUGUACCACCAGACAAUCCGCAACUUCAAUGGCACCAUAUCAGCUGGUGGAGGUUCCAGCUCUUACGAAGUUGGCGGUGCUGGCACGGUAUACAUCGAGCAGUACAUAGACAACGUGACCUACGCCAACAUAACUGGUCAAAAUGACACACGCAUCACACUACACAAGACCCUGAAGAUAAACAACAAUGGCCGACCAUAUCCGCACGCUGCAACCUACAGCCAUGGUGACCUACGGAAUCUGCUUGACGGCAACUACGAGGAUAUCACCAGGUCUGGUGGGAUAACAUGGUUGUGGCAUUCUUCCAACUCAUACAACUUGGACGAGGUUCAUGUCCAUGGCAACGCGCACGUUGCCAUCCUGAGUGACACCUCAGUGGAGCAAGUUGAAGUGCGUGGUGGCAAACUGUUGGGUGAUCGAUCUGCUGUCCUACACAUAGGCCGGAACCAGACCUUUGGCUUUGACUGGGUGGAUAUCUACUUUGCAGCCAAUGCCAUGCUGUACAGAUACGGCCAAUUAGAGCUGCCCCCUCGACUCAGCAUGCGUGAUGUGUGGAUGGAGAUCAAUGGAACCCUAGCUGACGUCGGCGACUUCACGGUGGACAGUGGGGGUAUCCUCCACAUGUGGUCCUAUGGUAACUCGCGUGACCAGCCGCCGGGCCGCUACGAGUGCGUCAACAUGACGGUGCGGUCCGACGGGGAGCUGCAAAUGCUGACUGUGGCAGGGGAGAGCGAGUUCACCUUUGAAAUGAAACGCUUUGUCGUGAAUGCCGGCGGUUACGUCAGGACCAACCAGCUGCAUGUUAUCACAGAAGAUCUAACUAUUGAUGUAGCAGGCGACUUUCAUGCUGAUUUCAGUGGUCAUGCCUUGGGUCAGGGUCGCGGUGCAGGCCAGAGCACGUCCAGAGGUCAGCGUGGUGGGUCUGGCGGGGGUCACGGAGGUCGGGGUGGGCGUUCCAGCAGAGGCAUAUACUCCUCCAAUGCCUAUGGGUCCAUUUACCUCCCGAGAGAGCUGGGCAGUGGAGGCGGAGUUGGUAACACAGAAAAUGGAGGAAGAGGGGGAGGUACCUUGCUGCUUGAGGUUAGUGAUGACCUCAGGGUAGAAGGUCGUCUCCAUGCCAACGGGGAGGACAGUCAAGGCAACUCUGGAGCAGGUGCAGGGGGUAGUAUACUGGCCCGCGUGAAUCACCUGGACGGAGCUGGGACCAUUGAAGUCAGAGGCGGACAAGGCUCGGCCUAUGGCGGAGGUGGCUCUGGUGGUCGCAUGGCCAUCUACUACACUCACUACAACUUCAUCGGCGACUUCCUCUCACAAGGAGGUAAUGGACCCGACCACCAUGUGGCCUCUGGUACGGUUUACCUAGAGGGAGGCUUGGACUCAGACCAACCGUUGCGCAGACUCAUCGUGGACAACAAGCGGGCGUCCCCUGGGCGUUCAGAGAUUGACGAAUACGUCCAACUGCCGUUGGACAGUGUGGAUUCAUACAGUUCCACGGACUAUUACACCUACGGUGGAGUCCGGAUAUUGACAGAUGGGGCGCCAUAUUCAUCGCAUAGUACAUGCCACAUAUCUGAUUACAAAAUCUCUAGCCGCAUCGGCAUCACCUUGACUGACCACACGAAUGGAUUCGUGGAUGUGACGGGCUGCAGAACCCAGCAGGAACAGAAUCAGUAUUCACUGGUUCUCAUAGAUUCUAAUGUAGACAAGAUUUACAUAGAACUGAGGGCACACGGCAGCUAUGCGGCCAUGAACAAGGUGGAAGUGCUAGUGCAACGCAACCCGACAUUCCUGGGAGCCGAAAUUCAGCCGCGCUUUGCGGUUGUACCGGGUACGCUCAUUGUAGCGGAAGAUGAGAGCACCAACACUUUUGAAUUUGAUGAGAUUAUCAUUAGGGGUCAAGGGGCACUUGCCAUGACCAACAAGUAUGCGCAGUACUCGAGCCUGGUGACGCACGCCGUGAGCGGUGAUCGCAGCGGGCUUCUGACACUGUUUUGGGGCCAGGUCCUCGAUGCCACUAUGCCGAGGGCAUUGUUGCCGUUCUCCCUACUGGCUCUGGACGGAACCACGGUCACCCUUCCAACCAUACUGGACUGCAAAAAUGUUGAGAUAGCUAUCGACGGGAGCCUGCACAGCAUGGACAGGUUCACCAUCAGUUCUGGCUGCAAAGUCUCCUUGGAAUACAAAGGCGGUGGGAGAAACUACAUUGACCAUCUCGACAUCAAGACCUUUGGGUCCAUGUACAUCAAUGACAACCAGCAAGGCACAGUCACAAUUGAAGGAACCACGCUGAAUGUCCGUAGUGGAGCUCUGCUGAAAUCAAGCGACUUGAGCCUUCACUACGUCAACAUCAGCAUAGAGCCAUCAGCUACCCUGUCCAUCGGCUUCCAGACAGAACUGAAGCAUGAACAGGCCAUUGGAACUAGUCCGGGUCUGCCUGGGAUGCGCGGCUCAUCCGGUGCGGGCCACGCCAGCAACGGUGGGCAGGGACAAAACCAGCCUCGCGUAGGGGCAACCUAUGGUUCCUUCCUGACCCCUGACCUUUUCGGAUCAGAUGGGGGUUACUCCACAUACCCUCAUCUGGGUGGAUCGGGAGCUGGUAGGGUCUACAUGAAUGUGACAAGGAUACUAACGGUGGACGGAACUCUGUCUGCAAUAGGUGGAGCAUACCGGUCCCCAGGAGCAGGGGGCGGCAGUGGAGGAAGCAUUUGGAUUGAGACGGAGACACUUGAUGGUGAUGGGGCCAUCGAUGUCUCCGGUGGGGCUGGAUACUCGGGUAGUCUAAGCCCCUAUGGUGGGGGAGGUGCCGGUGGCCGCAUCGCAGUAUAUUACACAAACAACCACUUCAUUGGUGAUUUUGAGGCUACUGGUGGUGACAGCAGUUUUGAGCCUGGUGGUCCUGGAACGGUCUACUUGCACAAACUCCAACCCCUGAAUGGUACAACUCUCCUGGAUGCGACAAGUGACGAGGCUCAAAUUACCCACGAUUCCAAUGUCACAGAGCCCCUCACCAACCGCUCGCUGUACAUCAACAACCGUGGCCGUCGGCCCCGUGACUGGAAUCGCAACAUCACUGAUGGUUAUGCUGACUAUGCAAGCUUGCCAACGAUCAUCUGGCUGAUGCCAGCAGAGCGAGCUCAGAUUGACAUCGUUCGAAACGACCCCACCCACAACUUCACCGAAGACAUCAUCCUGGAUGAGCUGCACAUAUACGGCAGUGCGCAGUUGGCGUAUCUGGACUCUGAGUACCACGAUCACUCGGUGGACAUCCGAAUUGGAUCCAUUUCCGGCGAUCGGUCAGGGAAGAUGCUGGUUGGCCGAAAUCAGUCGCUGUACGUCUCCAACGCUCACUUCCCAUCAGACAUGGAUCUGUACCGGGGCGGUUUGGCUACCCUGCACGGAGAGCUCACAGUGGCUGGGGUCAGGAUUAAUGUAGAAGGGGUGUUGGAGAAUGCAGAGAAUAUCACAGUUGCAGAUGGAGGCACCUUGCUCAUGCAUGAGAUGAUCAAUAUUGACGGCGAACCAACAGAGACCUUGAACUUUAAGGCCAUCAACAUCCGCAACCACGGCACAAUGAUGGUAAAAAAUGGCCGUGACAGACGGACGCUGGACGGGGAGUUCCUCCAAGUGUAUGGGGGUGGCCAGUUGUUGUCCACCAACCUGCACAUCGUCGCGGACGUGGUGAUUGUAGACUCCAAGGGGUCCAUCACCGUGGAUGGUGAAGGUUUCCCCGGCAACAGUGGUCCAGGUGGGGGCUUCAAGUAUGGCAACAUCGGCACUGGAGCUACCCACGGUGGAGAAGGGGGUUGCCAGACCAGUUCUCAGCUUUCCCCUCCGGCCUAUGGAUCCUUCACCACCCCUGCUGAAUAUGGAAGCGGCGGAGGGAAUGGGGGCGGUGCCGGGGGCGGGAUACUGUCGAUGAACAUCAGCCAGUCGCUGAGGGUGGAGGGCGAGGUACGGGCCAACGGCGUGCGCAGCACCACCGACUUCAGUGGCGGAGGGAGCGGGGGGAGCAUCCAUAUCCUCGCCGAGUACAUCGAAGGGUCGGGUGUUUUCCAGGCUAACGGUGGGGAUGCCAACUCUGGCGGUGGAGGCGGUGGCGGCAGGAUGGCCCUCUACUUCCAAGAGAAUAAAUUUGAUGGCGCCUUUGAAGCCCGGGGUGGAUGGGGAGCUCAUGAGCAUGGGGCCUCAGGGACCAUCUAUCGGAAGAGAGUGGCCGAGGGUGAGGAGCACAAGACUUUGAGGGUGUACAACCGAGCAGACUCGGUCCACACAGCCCAGUCGCGUCGGACUUGGAUUACCCUCCCACCUUUCUCCGACCCAGAUCACGACAUUGACCUGCUGGAUGUUGGUCAGUACGCCCAUGUGGAGCUGGAAGCGGUGGACGCGGAUGGCUACGCCACCAAAGACAACUCUACCAGGUUGCUCCACGUGGCCCAGACAACCGGAGACUCGACGGCGACUGUUCACGUUGGGGAGUCGGAUGAGCUGUACAUUGCUUGGAAUGCCUCCAGAUAUUUGCCAUUCCACUUGGUCCUUUAUGAGAAUGGAACAGCCUCCCUCCCUCAAGACACUUUCCUCCAAUCAGUGGAUUUCACUCUCCAUGCUGGCGAUCUGAUUGGCUUAUCGGAUUUGGAGAUUGGUCUCAACUCCCGGGUCACCUACCACCCCCCUGCCCGAAUCAACUCUGCCACCCAGAGCGAGGCAAAUUUGCAUAGCCUUAGUGUGCUGAGUGGCGGGGUGAUGGACUACACAGGAACUGCCGCUCUGAAUCAGGAGCUUAGCAUUAACCUGGUGGGGGAGUUCAACAUGAGAGCUGGGGCUUUGAUGACUGCAGAUAAAAUGGACAUUUCAGCGGACAGCAUCACAAUUGAUCAUGAGGCUACGCUUGAUGUCAGUGGGAGGGGCCACAGACCUGGGCAAGGCCUGAGCUCAGGUAUCCCACAUUCCAGCGGAGGAUCUGGUGCAUCCCAUGGUGGCAGAGGUGGGAUGGGAGCUUAUGUGUCUUAUGCCAGAAAGGCCUAUGGAGAUGUGUUGAGGCCCAGAGAAUUUGGAAGUGGGGGAAGCUCAGCUGGAGGCAGUGGGAAUUUGUGCUCAGGAGGCGGUGUCCUACGUCUCCGAGCCCACAAUCACACCUUGAUAGAUGGAGAUGUACUGGCCAGCGGUCACCAUGCCAACAUCCUCAGGACCGGUGGUGCAAGUGGUGGCAGCAUCUGGAUUACGAGCAGCAGCAUCAGCGGGAGGGGUAAGCUCAUUGCCAACGGUGGCCAUGCGACCUGUGUACCCUACUGCAGCCAAUGUGAUUCAGAGAAGCGUUGCCUGCAGUGCACCAGCUACAAGUUCCUGCAGUAUUACAAUUGUGUCUCAGAUUGCUACGACAGCAACAACCGGAGAUACCCUGAUGCCUGGCCUUGGAAUCAUGCUACAGGACGAUACUGUGCUCGGGAGUCUUCAACUAGCACGAGGGAGAUUGGUGGAGGUGGUGCCGGCGGGCGCAUUGCUGUACACACCAACAAUUUCAAUCAUUUUGUUGGAAGAAUGGAAGCCUUCGGUGGCCGAAGUCACAAGGAAGCCGGGGGACCAGGUACCAUCUACCUGUCCAACAUCACACCCAAUGAAACGGUGCGAUCAUUGCUCAUCAACAAUGACAAACGUGGCCCAACACGGACCUACCUGCCCUCUAGUGAACAGGACAGCUCACGAGCAUACAUCAUCACCGAUUCAGAGCAUGGUGUGAGCGAGUACACCUUUGAGAAGGCUACCCUAACGGGUAUGGCUCACUUAGCCUUCGAGAGCUCAAUGAGUGGGCCUUUUGACGUGACUAUUGGCCACUUGGACGGAGACAGGAGUGGGUUGAUCCACCCCAGUGUCAAGUAUCCAAUCACAGUAGAGGAUUCUACAUCUCCAUUUCCUGCAGGGUUCAGAGUGUAUGAGGACACUUAUGUCAGCUUCCCAAAAGUCACCAGACUAGAGGGUCUACCAAUCAACCCUGUAUACAUCGAGGGCACAAUUGAUGGGGUGCAAGACCUCACUGUUGGCCAAGGAAUGCACGUAUCUAUUGGAGAGCAUGGAAAGUAUUCUGGCCAACCCGACAAGUUCUUCCCUCUUAACACGCUGCACGUCCUCCCCAGUGGCCAACUCUCCUCCUUCUACCCAGCCGGCUUGAGCUAUAACCCAGCCUUUGACAUCUUAGACCCCUCACUGAAGCUGAGACUCAGCGGUUCUUUGCAGAUUCACCCAGGGGGGUUGAUAAAGACCAAUUAUCUUGAUGUUGUUGCUGAGGUGCAGGUGGAAAUUGACACUGCAGGCGUGAUUGAUACAUCAGGACGAAGCCCAGACGUACAACAUGGAGGGAUAGACGGUGUAAAUGGGGCAUCUGGUGGAGGUCACGGGGGCAGCGGUGGGCAAGGUAAUGGACAGACCAUUGUCGGUCCACCCCGAGGCGCUGCCCUUGCACCCGCUAGCUUUGGCAGUGCCGGAGGCAUCGGUAACAAGUCCCCCUCAAGCCCUGACUCGGCUGGCAAGGGGGGUGGCGUGAUACUGAUCUCCGCUCCCGUGGUGGAAAUUGACGGGCAGCUCAAGUCAGAUGGGACUGGUGCUAGUCAAUGGUACAGUGGUGGUGGCAGCGGUGGGACCAUCUUUGUGCAGACUCAAGAGCUGCGUGGACAAGGUCAGGUAUCUGCCCAAGGGGGCUCGGUCCCCUCAGGUUCCUCUGAGAAGCAAGGCGGAGCUGGAGGGGGCGGUCGCAUCACCCUCCAGUACCACAACACGUCUUUCUCUGGCCAGCUCAUUGCCCCUGGUGGCCGCAGUAACUACGAGCCUGGUGGAGCGGGAACCAUCAUUCAGGAAGACCUCACUGCGGACACAGUCAGACUCUUUGCAGACAACCACUUUGUCGGAAGACCAAGAGUUACUGAGGUUGACUAUCCAGGCUUGAUUGGGGUCCACAAGGGUCGUGACAGCUGCCGAACAUGGCUUCUACCCCGGGGCGACGGGUCAGAGUACGAUUUCCAACAGGUGGACAUCAGGGGCCAAGCAGACCUGGCAUUGUUCAAAGCCACACGGAGUGACACACAGACUGUUGUCCUAGAGAGUAACAGUGGCGACAGCUCUGGAUACUUCCACGUUGGACCUCUCCAGGUGCUGAAGAUUGACCUGCCUGCUGACAACCCAAGGCUGGCCUGGAACAUUCAACUUUACGAGAGGGGUGAGCUAGAUAUGCCAGCUCACCUUGAGGUGCAUGAUCUCACAUUGGUCUUGGAAGGCACCGUGACUGGUGUCAGAAAUAUCUCCGUGGGGAAAGGUGGUGAGGUUCACCUCAGUCAUGUGACUAACGCCACAUACCACGUCUCUGAGACCAUCACCUUCGACCAGUUUGUCAUCCACGGCGGUGGGAAAGUCUACAUUGAGGGUGGUACCCAAGGACUUGGGUUGCUAGGCAACAAGCUCCAUCUGGAGAGCGGGGCCUACUUGAAGGCCGAUCGUCUGCUUGUCAAUGUGACCGACAUGAUCGUAGAGGAACUUGCAGUUCUCGAUCUGAGCUCUGCUUUGUCUGGCUAUGAACACAGCAACCUCGGUCAGGGCCUUGGCAACAGCGGUGCAGGGCACGGAGGUCAAGGAGGCAGGGGUCAAGGGUCAACUGGAGGUGGCCUGUUCUACGGCAACAUUCUGGAGCCUCAGCACUUUGGGAGUAGUGCCAGUAACAAUCAGGCCUUUGGAGGUGGCAUACUCACAGCUUUGGUGGCCAACGAGUUGAGAGUAGAUGGAACAAUCCGAGUGAAUGGCCAGAACGGACAGUCUUCAUCAGGAGGUGGGGCAAGCGGUGGCAGUAUCUUGCUGAACACUCUGCUGUUCACUGGAGGAGGUCUCAUCCAAUCAAAUGGUGGUGCCGGUCACAGUUCAGUAGGAGGUGGUGGCAGUGGUGGACGCAUAGCCGUCUUUUUCACCGAAGACACCUUCACAGGACGAUUCACGGCCUACGGGGGAAGCUCAGGCUAUGAGCCAGGGGCGGCCGGAACUGUGUAUCGGGAGUCAAAGGUCAUGACCCCGCGUUACAGGAGUCUUUUAGUGGAUAACAAUGGCCAGACGGUGCGCGAGUCAUCAAUCAGCAACUACUACAAUCUCCGCAACGAUGCUGCAGUUACGUGGGUCAACUCCAUAACUGUUGGCAUUGAGUACAUUUUUGAUGAGCUCACGUUGCGUGGCAAAGCGCAUCUAGCUUUCGAAGCCCGUGUUGAGACCAACAUGCCACGCUAUGUUGUCAUUCAGAAGCUCAUCGGCGAAGAGAGUCGAGAUUAUGAUAGAUAUGGCACACUCCAUACUGGCCCAAACCAAGUUGUGACCAUCCGCCAAGCUAUGUACUAUGUGCCGCUUACGCUGCGAGUGUAUGAACGCGGAUCCUUGAACCUGCCUGACCGUGUCAUGCUCUUCCGCACCACAAAUGUCAUCGAUGGCUCCAUAGGGGGUGCCGGGUAUCUGUCCCUUGCACAUGCCACACUGAGGUUCGGACCCAAGUCCAAGUCCGUGGUCGAGUCUUUGCGGACUAGUUUCAGCUUCCAGACCCUCCGCAUUCUGUCAGAGAGCGUGGUGGAACUCCGCGGCUGGGACGGAGACUACGUGCUGAAACUGACCACACUGGAGGUCGGGCCCAGUGCUCAGGUACUGGGACGAAGGUUAAAAAUACUGGCCAACACCAUCACACUGGCAGAAACUGCAUUACUUAGUGUGGACUACGGUGGAUAUGACAACAAUGGAAGAGGUAUCUACUUUGCCGGUGCUGGAGGCAGCCACGGUGCAAAGGGAGGUCUGGGUGAUGCCAGCCCUGACUCCAGUCCACAUUACGACUCCAUCUUUGCUCCCGUGGAGUUCGGGGAGGCCGGGGGUUGUGGGGUGCAUCGAUGCGAGGAUGGCGGAGCACCAGCUGGUGGGGGUGCCCUCCACAUAGAGUCAACAAUCCUGGAGAACCAUGGAACCAUCACUGCAAGAGGCCAGAAUGCAGCCAGCGUGGCAGCCUAUGAGCGGUCAGGAGGGGGUGCAGGUGGCAGUAUCAGGAUACAAGUUGACUCCAUUAAGUCAACAGGAAUCAUCGAUGCUAGUGGUGGUCAUGGUGACAGGAGCAUUGGAGGCGGGGGAGCUGGUGGUAUCAUUGCUAUCUACUGUGAUGAUGAACUGAUUGCCAAUCCUCCACUAGCGUGUGGUGCGUCAGGAUAUCAGGCAGGGGGAGCAGGAUUUGUCUACCUUGAACGUCUCAAAGAGGGCCAGCUUUACCGCAAAAUAAGGAUGGACAACUGUGGGCGAGAUUCUCCACAUGAAGCUGUGGCUGACUUAAGUUUGGACGCCAACCUCUUCAGCCUCCACGAAUUGGAGAUCAGAGGGUCUGCAAGACUUCGUCUGGCUGGGAGAAGAUCCUACAACCCCUCUCUCUGUUUCCCUGUAGCUGUCGUGAAGGGUGAUCGCACAGGAUGGUUCACCGUCAGUAGCCAAAUCGAAGCUCACUUUGGUAUCUGCGGAUGCCCUGUCUGUCAUGUUGAAGAAGCAAAUCCAAACAUGGAUCUUGUCUUCAGUAUUUCUGUCGAAGAAGGUGGCUACCUAAAACUCCCAAGUGACGUGACUAUUCGCAAUGGAGUAACUUUAGAUCUUUGUGGCCGCCUGGAUGUGACUGAGGAAGGUAUAGUCAGCAUUCGGGAUAGAGGAACAUUCUUAGCAAGCUAUCCAGCCGCAGCUGGAGAUGCUGAUGCUACUACAGGAACUUUAGAAAUUGAAGCAAUCAAGAUUUUCAAGGGAGGUCUUAUGAAGAAAUCGGUAGAGUGUCCCAAUCCAGAGAGUAUGCCAUUGUAUCUCAGUGUCAGCACCCUGCAAAAAUCGUGGAUGUCUGCUUUUGUUGAAGAUGGAUUCAUCAUCCCUAACACUACCAAUGUGAUUGCAGACAGCAUUCAGGACUCUUUGCCUAGCCUGGUUUGUCCUGAAGGAAUUCAGACAUUCUAUAAUACAACAGUUGAAGACUUGUGCGCAGGAGGUUUCAUGAUAUCCUUCGAUAACACCACAAAUGUUACUGUUUGCGAUUACAGCAGUCUUCACAUGACAGCUGGGCAAAGCUGUGAGUUGAUUCCUGGGGAGCAUAUCUAUCAGUCUCUGAUCCUGGAAGGAGGUUCAGAAAUCAUAGUCGUUGGACAAGGUGAUGGGUCUACAUUCACUCAGUUGAGUGUUUCAAAUCUCACAAUCAACUAUGGUGGGUUGAUCAGUGGUACUGCAAGUGGAUUUGUCAGUGGUGGGCCAGGACAAGGCACAGGUAGCAGUGGAGGAAGCCAUGGUGGAGUAGGAGGGGGUGCUAAUGCAGGGGCAACUUAUGGAAGUGUAAGGGACCCGAUUGCUUAUGGUAGCAGUGGCGCAAACAGCCGUGGGGGUGGACAAAUUCAGAUCAUGGUCAGUGGAAGCUUCCAUCAUGAUGGAGUCAUUGAGAUGGUGGGUGGAGACGGCAUCGGUGGAGGAAGUGGUGGGAGCAUCUACAUCCAAACUGGGUCCUUCUCAGGAUAUGGAGAGAUUGACGCUGAUGGUGGUGGUGGAUCCACAUCUGGAGGCGGAGGGGGUAGAAUAGCACUAGAUAUACAAGGUCGGUAUGGCUACAAAGGCCUGUUGCAUGCAAACGGUGGCAGCGGUGGUAUCAGGGGCUCCUCGGGCACUGUCUUCAUACAAUAUCCCAUUGACGGCACUCUGUUUACUACCUUGAUCAUCUCCGGACAGUCACCUCAGCCAACACUUACACCUUCUCUCAGGCUGACAGACUUGGCUGAACUGCAUGUAAAAGACUCUGGAGUUUUCGGGCUUGACUCUGAGCUCAAUGUGACAAACAUUAUUGGUGAUGGCACAGGAAAGAUUGUUUUGAUGACUGGGGCAUUGCUAGAAGUUCAAGCAGUAAACAACCCACAUCUUGGCACCCAGUUUACAUUGGAGGUGCAAGAUGGUGCUCAGUUCAAAACAGAGUCCAAUCUCUACCUGACAGGAGUCAAUCAACCAUUACUUGAACUCUGGGGAAACUUGACAGCAACUAGCCUCACAGUUGGAGAGAGUGGCCAAGUUAUGAUAAAGGGAAGUGGGAAAUUGAUGACCUCUCAGGUCUUGGUUCACAAGUCAGCCCAAUUUACCAUUUCUGAAGGUUGGAUUGGAAGAAAUCCAGAAUCCGGAACUGUUAAUUUAGACAUGCUGUCUGUGGGACCUGAAGCCAGUGUUCAAAUCCAGUCUGAAACUGAUCUGAAGAUUGCCAUCCUGACCCUUAGCUUUAGAUCUUCCCUCACCAGUUCUGCAUCACUGAAUAUUACAACAAACUCCUCAAGCAUUGAAAGUGGUGCAGUUCUCACAGUCAACAGUGGAGGCCUGGUGGAUGGACCUGGAAGUACAGGCCAUGUAACUUGCGGAGCAAGUCAUGGUGGACAGGGAGCCUGUGAGUCAGUGAAGGGGUCCACAUAUAACUCAGUUUUUCAUCCUGAAUCCCCAGGCAGUGGAAUAAGUAAUGCCGGAGGUUCCAUUCGGGGAGGUGGCAUCAUAUCCUUUACUGUGUCUGAGUCUAUUGAAGUUGGAGGUACCAUUUCUGCAAAUGGGGGAAGCAGUACCAACUUAGGUGGUGCCUCUGGAGGGAGUAUUUACAUCUCUGCAGCUAAGCUUGGAGGACAUGGGCUGUUAGCUGCUAAUGGUGGUGAUGGGGGUGCAUCUUGCUGUGGUGGAGGCGGUGGAGGACGCAUCGCCAUCAAUUGCCUGGAUACAAGUGACUUUGCAGGCUUUGUCACUGCGUAUGGAGGGCAUGGGUUGACCAAGGGGGCUGCAGGAACCAUCUUUGUGCAGACAAAUGAGCAAGGAUACCAGACAAAAACACUCACGGUUGAUAACCGUGAUCUGGCAUCAGACUGCUACACAGUGUUCCUGCCAAGGAUGGAUGAUCCUAUAGUCUCACUUGAUAAACUUGUCUUGAGGAACUCAGGAAGGCUUCAGAUUACUGAGCAAGGCUCUGUGUCUCUCACUGUGAGUGACCUUGAUGGUGAUUUCAGUGGCAACAUCCUAGUGCAGACAAACCAGAGUCUCUCUUUAGCCACAAGGCAGGCUGUUACAAGCUACUACAUCCUACAGAGUGCCAUUGUGGUGCAAGAGGGAGGAGAGAUCAUCAUCCCUUCCAAUCUCUAUUUGCAUCAAGUCACUCAGGGACGGUCUCUUCAUCUAGCGGGCUUAAUCACUGGGGUGAAGAAUCUCCUCAUCGGUUCCAGUGCAGAUGUUUUGAUAGAGUCAACUGCAAGCACUGCCUUCCUCUCAGGGGAAGACUAUGUCUUCAUUGACCCGCCUGGAACAUUCACCCUUGAUUCUCUACUUGUUCUUGGAUAUGGAAGUCUCACAUUUGAAACAACCCUAGAUUUGCCAACCUCCUUAAAUGUCUUAAAUGAGAUACAUGUCAGGUAUAGCGGCAUCUUGAAAGGAAGGUGGCUCCUCCUUGAGGUUAGUCAGGUCCAUGUUGAAUAUGGGGGGUCAAUUACAAGCAAUGCAAUGGGGUACCAGGCUACUUUAGGUCCAGGUGCCGGUUCAAGUGAUCCAGCUGGUGGUGCUGGUGGGAGCCAUGGAGGAGUUGGAGGUCAAGGAUCAGGAAGCAGUCGACCAAUUCAAGACUCAUAUGGAAGUCUAUAUGAGACCAGAGAUUUUGGAAGCGGUGGAGGCAACAGUAACGCUGGCACUGGUGGCUCUGGUGGUGGAAUAAUCCAAAUGAAUGUGGUGACCUUCAGGCUGGACGGAUUGGUGACUUCAAGUGGAAGCAGUGGUGGCUGCAGUGGUGGCAGCGGUGGCGCUGUGCACAUCCAGGUUCUCCAGGAGUUUACAGGUGCUGGACGAAUCGAUGUGGCAGGUGGUGAUGCUGCACAUGCUCAAUGCGGAGGAGGUGGCGGAGGUAGAAUCACUAUCAUUACACAAGUUGAAUCCCGUUUCACAGGAACGUACAUAGUCCACGGAGGUUCGUCUGGCACUGCUUCCCAUGCCGGAGGCUCUGGAACUGCCUUCCUAAAGCAGAUAACAGGAGCCACAGAUUUCACCCAACUCAUCAUCAACAAUAAUGAUGCUGGCAUUACAUCUGCACAGCGCACUCUCCUUAACGAGACUGAAAUUGAGGAGUACAACUUUGACGAGCUUCACAUUCUCAAGAAUGUCAUCUUGGAGGUAGCAGGUCUGGAUAGAUACAUGACAGUGGCGACACUCAUCGGUGAUGGUACCAGCACUCUCAGAGUUCAUGACACGAUGACCAUGAGUGUUUCUGUAGGACAAGAUGAGGUCAGUCUCACAUGCAGCUUCCAACUCGAUCCAGAAGGAGAACUGAAGCUCCCCGCAAGGGUGUCCUUCUUUGGACCAAAUAACAUUCUAUCAGGUACAUUGACAAACAUCUUUGAAAUGGUGAUUGCAUCUAACCAACAAGUAACCUUGUCCCCAGAGGGCCGUACAGCUCUCUUCAUUGAUGGAAACUAUACCUACAUAUCCGAGCGUGGUGCCUACAAGCUAGCCCUCCUGUCGGUCAACGACUACGCAAGCCUGACUUUUGGCGUGUCAGCAAACAAGACAGCAGUCCGGCCUCUAUCGAUCGGAUCAUUGGAUGUUGAAUAUAGGGGUGUUGUCAAUGGGGAGACGCUCCUUAUACAGGGAAAUGAGGUAGUGUUGCAUGCAGGCAGUACCAUUCAGCUCUCUGGGGGUGGUUGGGUGGCUGAAGAGGGACCUGGAGCUGGCAAGAGGGUUGGCAACAUUGGCACUGGUGCGGGACAUGGUGGCUUCGGAGGGUCUGCCCUAGGCCAAACCGGUGGCUCCCCCUACCAAGCAACCUCGGACCCGCAGGACGGUGGAAGUGGCGGUGGCAUGGGAUCGACCGGUAAAGGAGGUCGCGGUGGAGGAUACUUGAAGUUGGAACUCAGUGGGACAUUGUCACUUGAAGGUUCAAUUCUAGCUAAUGGAGUGACGGGAACGGGAAACAGUGGAGGAGGCAGCGGUGGGGGUGUCUACAUCUCCGCCCAAGCCCUGAGGGGACAUGGACUGGUGGAAGCCAGUGGGGGUAACAGUGACGGGCUCGGCGGUGGAGGAUCGGGAGGGAAGAUAUCUGUGUAUCUCCAGAACAAGUUUGAUUUUGAUGGUACCCUCCGAACCCACGGGGGCCACAACACCGAUAUUGACAGCAACCAGAUCACAGGUGCAGCGGGAACAGCGUUUAUUCGGGAUCCUCUCAGCGGCUUCCCAACCAGCAGGGUUAUCAUUGACGGAGGCAGGGCAUCAAGCCUCCCAAGACAAGCCAGAACUGUCUUGUUUUCAGACAAGGAAGAUGACGAGAUGGACUACAGCUAUGAGUCUCUGGUUUUGCAGGGCUUCUCACACUUGGAGUUCAAUGGAACAGAAUCAACUCUCACAGUCCAGUCUUUCGAAGGCGACAAAACAGGGACAUUAUAUGUCCAGCACAACCAAGUCUUGCUUGCAGAAAUCGUCAACGGACGUAGCACUCGCAUGACCACCCAGGUCAACUUAGACUCUGGAUGGAACACAACCCUGGUCUUCCCGUCUGUACUCUCAAUCGACCAGACCGAGUUGGUCAUUCGUGGACAGUUUGACAUUCAGAGAGUCUCUGUUGAAGAGAACAGCAUUUUCACCCUUACAGACACAAGCCUCACUGUCCGGAGGACCAGAAACGGGUUUGUCCCAACCAGUAAUCCUGGGGCGUACUUGUUUAAUCUGCUUGCCCUAAAGCGUGGGUCCUCAUUCUCUGUGGACGGAGGCCUGACUCUCACAGGAGGAUCAUUUGAGGUCAAGAGUGGAGUAACUCUCCAGUUUGAUUUCUUUGACAUUUCAUCAGCAGUGGUCACUGUCGAAAGAGGGGCAGCACUUGAUGCUAGUGGAAAGUCCAGAGAAGAUCACCCCAAUGCAGGUGACUUUGCACCCUGUGGAGGAGGGUCAUAUGGAGGGCCAGGUGGUGUGGGUCAAAGUGUAGGUGCUUCUCAAGCAUUUCCCUCUUUUGGAUCAAUCUAUGUACCCUCCCAGUCAGGCACCCGCGGUGGGAAUGGUGGAGCGGGAGGUUCCUACCUGCACUUUCAGUCACAGGAAAUACGCAUUGAUGGCAGCAUGUUGGCCAAUGGGAGCCCAGCUCUCUCAGGAAAUGCAGGUGGUGGCAGCGGUGGCAGCGUGUGGAUCACUGCCAGUGUGGAUUUCCGUGGAACCGGGUUGAUAUCUGCUACCGGAGGAGCUGGGGGGUCUCAGAACUGCGGCAGUGGGGGCGGUGGACGUAUUGCCGUAUAUACUGACUCAACAGAACGCUUUGUUGGCCAGUUCAAUGCCGCUGGAGGCUCAGGUCAGUCCAGUGGUGAAGGCGGCCCUGGUUCCAUCUACAUCCAGGAAGUGAGAGAUGGAGAAAGCUUUGAAAAGUUGAUGGUUGACAACAGGAAUGGGCAAACCAAGUUAUAUUUCACACUGAGUGAAGAUUGGAGGGAGGGCGCCAUUGACGAAAUUGACCUGAGCGACAAAGUCCUAUUCCACCUGAAUCCGGAUGGCUUGCACAGGUCAUUUGAUAUGCGAAAGGUUGUUGGUGAUGGUUCUGCCUUGGUUCACAUUCAUAAGAACCAGACAGUGAUAUUUGAGAGGGCUCUGGAGGCUAAUGACACAAGUGGUAAGACCUACGUGAAUAUCAAAGUCGAUGCUGACGGGGAGGCCAUCAUGUCAUCAAGAACUCAGAUAGUUGGUAAAGGAACCACACACAUUGCUCUUGAUCUGUCUGGAAAGUUAACAGGUGUCCAGGACCUGGCUUUAGCUGAUGACCGAAUACUGCGGGUGUAUCCAACAGCUAAUGCCGUUGCUUUGGUUGGAGAUGAGAGUGGAGAACUAGGGGAAUUCACUUUUGCCUCAGUGGAAAUGGCCAGCGGCAGUCGAUGGGAGUUUACUGAGAACAUGGGAGCCACUUUGACUGUUGGGACCAUGGACGUCAAAUUUGGUGCUGGAAUCUGGGCAGAUUUUUUCCAAAUUACGGCUUUUGAUCUGGACAUUGAAGUAGGAGGUCUUCUGUCAUGCACUGGCACAGAUCGACAAGGCUCGUCAGAUGUAGAUCAGUUAGUGGGGAGUGGAAAGACAGAAAGUGGGGUUGACUCAGGAGCUGGUCAUGGAAGCUUUGGCGGAGUUGGCUACUCCAUCUCAAAUGAAGGAGGAAAGCCAUAUGGAUCCUUGUACUAUCCCACAGAAAAAGGGAGCAGGGGGACUGUUAAUGGAGGACGUGGGGGUGGAACUGUCUUCAUCAUCUCGGCGGAGCUGAUACUAGAUGGGGAAAUAUCAGCAAGUGCAGGCGAUGGCAAGACCAGCCACCGAAGUGGUGGCAGCGGUGGCAGCAUUCUGGUUCAGCUGCAGAGUUUUGAAGGCUAUGGCUUGCUCUCUGCAGAUGGCGGAGAUGGUUAUGGGAAUGGAGGUGGUGGUUCAGGAGGACGCAUUGCUGUCUACACAAAUCUCACUAGUCAGUACGGUGGCCGGUACUCUGCUCUCGGAGGUCAAGCAUCCAGACAGUACUCGCUUCCUGCUGGAGGAGGAAGUGGAACAGUCUUCUUACAAGAGUUGAGAAAUGGCGUCCCAUUUAAGAGGCUCUCUGUGGACAACCAGAACCGGCAGAUUACUCAGUAUGUCACUUUGAAUGAGACUGGUGCUAACAGGUAUGAGUUUGAUGAAGUCUCCUUGCCAAGGAAAUCUUCCCUACAUGUUCAGAGGGAAGUGUCUGACGUAACACUAGUGAUUCACAAAGUUUAUGGAGACAGAACAGGUCUUCUCCAUGCCCAUGCAAUGCACCACUUUAUUAUUGAGGUUGUUGAAAGUGUACCCACAGUGACAAAAGCCCCUGUGAAUUUCAUCAUUGACCAGGAUGCCGAGAUUGUCUUCCCCGCUACCUUGUAUGUGAUUGGACAUGGCAUCCCCACAGAAAACUCGGGUGUAGCUUCCUUGGAAUAUGAUGGUCGGCUGACGAAUGUUGCCAAUUUGAUCCUCAACCAGGCAACAACUGUUCAGAUUAUGCCAAAUGCUCAUACAGCCAUCACAGAGAAUGGGACCUACAUAGAGAUUGGUGAGCCAGGAAUCUUCGAAUUUGGAAGCCUCCUUCUUCUGACAGAAUCCACACUCAAUUUUGCCCCAGACAUGGGUAUGAAGUUCUCGACCAGUGAGCUCCAUGGUCGGUAUGCCGCAACAAUCUCAGCUGAGCAUGCUGAGCUGCAGUCAUCAAGCUUGAAUAUUGAGGAAGGAGCAUCACUGACCUGUUCGGCCUCUGCUCGACCAAAUGAUAUGACAUCGGAGACACGUGGGAAGGGUAGCCAGGCUUCUGGGAACAGCGGAGGUGGUGGUGGAGGUCAUGCCAACAGGGGAGGCACAGGAUACAAUAGUGCUGGGACACCUAUAGCUGUUGGCGGAAGAUCGUAUGGCAGCCUCUACAAUGCCACAGAGAGGGGAAGUGAUGGUGGCUCAGGACCAAGCCAGGGUGGAGGACGCGGUGCUGGGUACAUCAACAUCAAGGUGGCAGGCCGAAUCCAGCUGGACGGGAACAUCCAAGCAGAUGGAUCUACAGCCCCUGCAGGGACGCUCGGUGGAGGGGGAAGCGGCGGAUCUGUCAGGGUUGAGUCUUGGGAGUUAGAUGGUCAUGGAAGUGUGACAGCUCAUGGAGGGGAUGGAGAUGGCCCUCGCUCUGGAGGUGGUUCCGGAGGCCGUCUUGCUGUAUACAUAGAUGGACUGAACAACUUUCAAGGCUCCUAUUUGGCAUAUGGUGGAGCUGGCGGAAAUGGAGGCCAAACACCCCAUGGUGAACCAGGUUCCAUUUAUCUCCAGAACCUUCACGAUGGCAGACCUUAUGACCAACUCAUUAUUGACAACUAUGGCAGGUCAUGGAGUCAUUAUUUCACGCUGGAUGAAACGGGAACAUCCAAUUACACAUUUGAUGAAAUUCACAUGACCAGAAUGGCUUCACUUCAGAUGUCGUCAGACAAAACAGAGAGGAGCUUAACCGUUAAGACAUUGGCAGGUGAUCUGAGUGGGCUUUUGCACAUGCAUUCCAAUCACACUUAUUCCAUCGAUGUGGAAGAGAACAGCAAGACCACGAUCAAAGCUGAGGUCAACUUGCGUAUUGACCCUGGUGCCAUCGCAGCCAUGGCAACCACAGUUGACAUCAUUGGAACGGGCCAGCCAGCGUUGCUGUGGAACGGUCAGCUCCUCGGAGUCCGACACCUUCGCGUUGCAUACCAGCGAACCGUCACCAUUGGAUCUGAGGCCCACACAGCCUUGAUUGUUGAUGGGACAUACGAGUACAUCGAUGACCCAGGAACAUUCCGAUUUGCAAGUCUAGAGUUUGGUGCCCAGUCAUCCAUCGCCUUUCCUCCGCCUCUUGGAAUAACAUUCAACGUUGGGUUUCUGGAUAUGAAAUGGAGCUCCAGUUUCAGUGCUGAGUACUUUGAGAUCUACGCCACUGACUACUUCCUGGAACCAAGUGCUACACUAAUGUGCUCUGGUCGGGGCCCUGAGGAGGCUGGCCCUGGAACAGGGACAAGAGGUACUGGCGCUGGUCAUGCCACUGUAGGCGGAAACGCUGCUGAUGGAACUCCUGGUGGUGCUGUUUAUGGGUCCUUGUAUGAGCCCAUUGAUGGAGGAAGCCGUGGGGGAGAUGCAUCCAAUGGCAGCCCAGGACCCCGAGGGGGUGGAAGAGUGCGCAUUGUUGUCGGUGCCAUCUUGAAUUUGGAUGGAAAGAUCAUGACGGAUGGACUAGAUGGAGCCAACGGAGCUGGGGGAGGAAGUGGUGGUGCAGUAUGGGUAACCACAGGUCACUUCAGGGGUCAUGGUGAGAUUUCUUCCUCUGGUGGGCAUGGAUAUCUGUCUUCUGGAGGGGGAGCAGGUGGUCGCAUUGCAGUUCACAUCACCGAUGUAGAUGAGUAUCGUGGUGCACUGACAGCUCUUGGGUCUGGAGGAACCAGCAGUGGAGACUACGGUGGGACAGGGACGGUGUACGUGGAGCAGCCCAUCAAUGGAACGUGGUACACCAGACUGUACUUGGACAAUCAGAAUGUGGCUCCCCCCAAGGCUUUCAUUCUCAACGAGAAGAACCCACGAACUGUGAGAGAUGAACUGACAGAGCACAACUUUGCUGAUUAUGGAUUGGAUGAGCUCAUGUUACAGCGAAAGAUGCUGUUCCGUAUAGCUUCGAGUGAUGGCACUUCCAACCCUUCUGUCUCGGCACAAACGAUUCUCGGCGACAGUACAGGACUACUCCACGUGCAGCCCAACCAGACUUUCUACGUCGAGUAUUCUCAGGAUGAGGACCGCCGUUCCGUUCCUCCGGUCAACUUCCGCAUUGAGGAGAAUGGGGAGAUCUUCCUCCCAGCUGACUUCCGAGUAAUUGGCAAAGAUAACCCUCCGUUUUAUCUGGAUGGACGCAUGAGUGGAGUAUACAAUUUCACAGUAGCGGAAGGGAAGGAGUUUGUCGUUGGUCCACAUGCUACCAAUACUCAGGUCAACAAUGGAACGUAUGUGGAUGAACCAACACCAGGUGUUAUCCGACUUGGUGUUCUCAAACUGGAAGCCCAGUCCCUCCUGACAUAUCCUAACCACAUGCAGUUGGACGUCAAUGACAUCCUCCUUCGCUACCAGUCCCGCAUCUCUGCCCAGUCAGUCAACAUCCGAGCCACUAACGUCCACAUCGAGGGCGAGGCCCAGAUUGACACGGCUGGGCGUGGCCCAGGGGCGGAGUCUGGUGAAGGGGGUGGGACUAGGCUAGAGGGCAGCUCCAUUGGCAUUGGAGGGGGUCAUGGCGGUUAUGGCGGAGGGGCUGAUUUAUUGAACUUCACUGCAGGCAUCCCAUAUGGCUCUUACACCAAUUCCUUCCACACUGGAAGUGGAGGUGGCAGUUUAACUGGAGGUUCAGGUGGCAGUGUAAUCACCAUCCAUGUCGGUCACUCGUUACAUCUGGACGGUUACUUGCAAAACACUGGUGGUGAUGCCAGUGGUGGAAAUGGUGGGGGUGGUAGUGGUGGUAGUGUCUACAUCACAACUGUCCUGUUCUCUGGGCAUGGUGGGAUUUAUGUCACAGGCGGCAGCGGGUAUGGUCAAGGCUUUGGUGGUGCUGGGGGGCGAAUUGCAGCACAUGUGUCCUGGCUAAGGGAGUACGCAGGAGACCUGAUUGCCUAUGGUGGAUUAGGUGGCAGCUUACGACCCAACACCAAUCCCGGCCAUGCGGCUGGUGGAACUGUGUAUUACACAGACACCAACCGUGGUCUGCGAUUCCGCAAGGCGAGUUUCAGUGGCCACAAUGAAACCCUGUGGGUAGAUGGAUUCACCAAGCUUUUCCUGGACAAUCUGAACCGUAAUGACAAAUUACCGACAGUGAUUGAAAAUGACAACGGGACCCUCUUUGAAUUUGAUGAGAUUGAAAUUCACAACCAUGUCGUCCUCUGGUUGCAUGGAGAGGACUCUGAACUGAUCACGCACAAGUUCGUCGGUGACCGAACAGGACAGAUGCACUUGAGAUAUCACCAGAAGAUGUACUGUGAAGUUGUGGAAUCUCAGAGUGGAUUCACCAUAGCGCCUGUCAGCUACCGCAUUGACCGCAACACUGAAAUUGUCUUCCCAUCCACUCUCUUCCUUCUUGGGACAAGAACCCACAUCGAUGGUCUUGUAACAGGAGUCUACAAUCUAUUUGUCACCGAAAGCUCAGUCGUCACUUUCACUUCAACAUCAAGAACAGCUUUGUUGUCCAAUGGAACUUAUGAUUUCAUCACGUCCCCGGGUAACAUAAGCUUCAGUCGGAUAACAGUCCAGAAAGGAUCAGUGAUGGAGCUGCGAGAAAUCCAAGAUGAUCUCACGGUUACUGCCAGUGACCUGACAAUAAAAUUCAAUGGUCUUGUCAAUAUGAACCGAGGAUUUAUUGAUACGGGAGAUGCGACCAUCGAGAGUGAGGGCAUCUUAGACUUGGACUUCACUGGUUAUUCAAGUGAGACUGGAUCGGGAAGUGGAUGGACAUCAAAUGGAAUCGGGUAUGGUGCUGGUCAUGGAGGGUAUGGUGGAGCACCAGAUCCUGACACUGGAGGAGAGCCUUAUGGAUCCCUUUAUGCCCCUUGGGAAAGGGGAAGCGGUGGCGGCAAUGGUGGAGGCAUUGGUGGCAGUGGUGGGGGUGAACUUCUCUGGCAGAAUGGGGCCCUGAUCACCAUUGAUGGUUUCAUUAAUCUGAGGGGUCAGGCGGGAGCUGGUGGCAGUGCAGGUGGUGGCAGCGGUGGGAGUAUCCUGAUUGAGACCACUGAUUUUGGUGGGUAUGGAGAAAUCAACGUCAAUGGUGGGAAUGCGGCGCCGCAAGGUCAGGGGUUUGGAGGCUCUGGAGGCAGAAUUGCAAUUCAUUCCCGUUAUCACUACAAGUUUGCCGGUAAUCUGAGAGCUUUUGGUGGACAUGGUACAUCGACAAACUACGGAGCAGCGGGGACUGUCUAUAAAGAGGAAACUAAUCGUGGACCACAGUAUGCUGACCUCAAAUACAAUCCAGAUACCAAUGUAACAAUGAUUGUUGGAGAGCACCGGUAUUUGUUUGUUGACAACAAUGAUCAGCACGUCCCCUGGAUUUUCACAAUGCUAAUGGAGGGUGAAAAGGAUUUCUAUGAACUGGAUGAAGCUCAUAUCACCCGCCAUGCUAAUAUCCGCAUACACCAUCCUGUCAGUUCACCAAAUGUGACUGUCAUUGUUCAUAAAUUCCUUGGCGACCGAACUGGACUCUUCCAUUUGAGAGAGAACCAGAUCAUUUACGUUGAGGUUGUGGAAUCACAGACUAAUGAAACUUUCGCUCCUUGCAGUUACAGGAUUGAUGAUGGAGCAGAAAUUGUCUUCCCGGCUUCAGUGGAUAUCCUAGGGACAAGGACAAUUCUAGCUGGUAGGAUCACUGGUGUACACCACCUUGUAAUAGCAAGUGGAGGUGAUGUUUGGUUCUUUUCAACUGCACAGACAGCACUGGUUGAAAACCAGGAAUACGUCCUCAUUACGAAGAAAGGGAACUUCAGUUUUGCAACUCUCACGAUUGAGCGCAAUUCCAAAGCAGAAUUCCAGCAAAUCACUCACCCCAUGAGUAUUAUCGUCAGUGAGUUCUACGUCAAGUAUCAGGGAGAGGUGUACAUGAAUGAUGUGGAGCUUGAGUCUGCCAAUGCAUGGAUUGAGAGCCAGGGAAUAUUCCACUUGGAUGCCAGGGGUCACCCAGGAGAAGUGGGACCAGGGAGCGGAUUUACCACCCAGGACGGGAUUGGGAUGGGAGCAGGACAUGGUGGGCAGGGUGGGGGACCCCCUCCCUAUGGUGGGGUACCUUAUGACUCUGUCUACACCCCUCGGGAGAAAGGCAGUGGUGGUGGAAAUGGAACAGGGAUUGGAGGUAGUGGAGGCGGACUCCUCUGGUGGAAGAUUGGAGAGAAACUCGAGUUAAAUGGUGAGCUGGCCCUCAGAGGUGGAGAUGGUACGGGACAAAAUGCGGGCGGCGGCAGUGGAGGUGCUGCACUGAUUGAGGCUACAAACAUGACCGGACAUGGUACGAUUGCUAUCACAGGUGGCAGCGGUGUUGGCAAGGGAGGGGGUGGAUCUGGUGGCAGAGUUGGCAUACAUUGUCGCUGGAGGUAUCAGUAUGGAGGACAGUUCUUAGACUAUGGUGGUGCUGGUGGCAAUGGCUAUGGCAACUCUCAUGGUGGGGCAGCUGGCACAGUCUACAAGGAAGAGAACCUCAGGGAAUUAGAGUACAGGCAUAAGAAGUACGACAAAGUCCACAAUACUACAUUUUUGGAGGUAGAUCACAAGUAUGUGCAUAUUGACAACAAUGGGCGACCGGUUCCACCAGCUACUAUGAUUUCAGAGGGGCAUACAGUUGAAUACGAAUUUGAUGAAAUGGAGCUCAGCGGAGCAGCAAGGCUUUUGCUGUUCCAUCCAGACAACGCAACAAGAGUUAACAUGACAGUGCACAUGUUCAUUGGUGACAAGACAGGCCAGCUUCAUCUGCGGGUCAACCAGACUGCUUUCAUUGAGGUCUUAGAAUCAGUUUCCAACAAGACUGAGGCACCUUGUAGCUUCAUCGUGGACGAAGGAUCAGAAAUUGUCUUCCCGGCAGAGGUUCACAUUCAUGGUACAAAUAGCACCUUAGCUGGCUUCAUGGUUGGUGUCCACCACUUGUAUAUCGAGGACAGUGCCUGGAUUGAGUUCCUCUCCACGGCACAAACGGGUCGGAUGGAGAACAGGGCAUAUGUGGACAUCACUCCUCCAGGAAACUUUUCAUUUGGAACUGUGACCAUCAAGAUGGGGGGCCGUGCAGGCUUCUUACGAAUAACAUCUACAAUGAGUCUAGAGUCUAGUGAGAUCCGCAUCAAAUACAGAGGAGAGUUUUAUGUGAAUCAUGCUGAAAUUCAUUCCACAUAUGCUUGGUUAGAGAGUGAAGGUGUCUUCCAUCUUGACGGUCAUGGCCAUGGUUCUGAGCAAGGUCCUGGCUUUGGACCAACAAAGUCUGGUGUCGGGUAUGGUGGAGCUCACGGAGGGGAAGGAGGAGGAAAGAAUAUCUCUCUUGUCAGUCAGCCAUAUGGGUCAGUCGUAACAGGGCUUGAGUUAGGUAGUGGUGGGGGAAACGGUGAAGGCAUUGGUGGCAGUGGUGGAGGGUUACUGCAUUGGAUUGUAAGCCAUUAUAUAGAGCUCAAUGGUUUACUCUCGGCAAAAGGAUCUUCGGCAGUGAGUGGCAAUGCAGGUGGUGGUAGUGGUGGAAGUGUGUUCCUGGAAACUACCAAUAUCACUGGGCAUGGAGAAAUUAAUGUCCGAGGUGGAGAUGGUGUGGGACAAGGAGGGGGUGGAUCAGGAGGAAGAGCUGCAGUUCAUUGUCGUUGGCGCUACACAUACGGAGGAAAGUACACUGAUAGGGGUGGCAGCGGAGGUGCCGGUUAUUUGUUAGAUCACGGUGCUGCAGCAGGCACAUCGUACAUUGAAGAAAACCUACGUCCCCUCGAGUAUCGCAUCCGCAAGUACCUGAAAACCACCAACACCACUCUCCUGGAUGUCGAUCACAAGUACAUCCAUAUUGACAAUGAAGGUCUGUAUGUACCAACCGCAACAGUGCUAAUUGAAGGGGCCUCGAAAUCUUAUGAGUUCAACGAGAUGGAGUUGACUGGUGCUUCCAGGUUAUUGAUCUUUCACCCUCCUCAGCAUCAGCAUGUCAAUGUCACAGUACACCGAUUCAUUGGAGACAAAACAGGCCAGUUGCAUCUUCGAGGAGAUCAGGCUGUGUACGUAGAAGUGGUAGAGUCCCGCACAAAUAAGACCGAAGCACCAUGCAGUUUCCUGAUCGACUUUGGCUCAGAGAUAGUCCUUCCCUCAGAGGUCCACUUUCAUGGAACUCGGACAGAGCUCCAUGGUCUUGUAACAGGCAUACAUCGGAUGUUCAUUGAGGAUCAGGCCAACGUGAUCUGCACAUCAACAUCUCAGACCGCCAUUGUUGAGAAUCGUGAAUAUGUCCACAUUUCAGAGCAGGGAAACUUUUCAGUGCCAGAGCUCUUCAUUAAGUAUGGAGGUAGGAUCACCUUUCAACGGGUCCUUGAUGAUAUCAUCCUGGAUGUGGAUUUCCUGGAAAUCAAGUAUCGGGGAACGCUCUUGAUGAAUCAUGGGUUGAUUGAGUCAGACCAUGCCGACUUGGAGAGUGAGGGAGACCUCCUACUUGAUGGCACAGGUCACCCAGGUAACCAAGGGCCGGGAGCAGGUCACAUGAUUUCCUCUGGGUAUGGCACUGGUGGAAGCCAUGGUGGACAAGGUGGGUAUUUCCCUGGUGCAACAAAAGGUGUCACAUAUGGAUCUGUGUACACGCCUCUUGCCUUAGGAAGUGGUGGAGGAAGCAGUUCUUCUGGCUUGGGAGGAGCUGGUGGUGGAGUGCUGCACUGGAUCAUUGGGAAACUAAUCCACCUCAAUGGAUUUGUAUCAGCAAGUGGCGUGGAUGGGCCGAGCCAAGAUGCUGGUGGAGGCAGCGGUGGGAGUGUGCUGAUUGAAGCGACAAAUCUCACAGGUCAUGGAGAGAUCCGUGUAAAUGGUGGGCAAGGGUUGCGCAGAGGAGCAGGCGGAGCAGGCGGUAGGAUCGGCAUUCAUAUACGACAUCAGAACAACUAUGGUGGGCUCUUUGUUUCCAGAGGGGGUUUUAGUGGCAGCUCACACCCAGAUGCUUCCUAUGGCAAUGGAGCUGCUGGCACAGUUUACAAGUAUGAGUCUCGUCGCGGGCCACAGUACAGGGAGUUGAAAUACUCAGCCAAAAAUGUCACUGACUUCAAACCAGAGCAUUCUAAGUUGAAGAUUGACAAUGGCUUGAUUGAGGUGGACCAUCCUGCUGUUGUGAUGGAAGAGGGAACAAUCUUUUAUGAAUUUGACGAGGUGCAAAUUGAAGGGCAUUCCUACCUACAUUUCUACCAUCCCCUGGAGGCCCACAAUGUCACUGUGGUUGUCCAUGAGCUGACUGGCAACAAGCGGGGUCUGAUCCGUGUACAGAAUCGUCAACGGCUGUUUGUUCACAUCGUUGAGUCUACUCACACCUACCUUGAUGCCCCCUGUGGCUUCCACGUUGACUGGGGUGGCGAGGUGGUACUUCCAACAACAGUCAUUGUACUCACAGAGGUCAUAAUUAUUGAAGGUCGCAUCACAGGGGUAGAAGAGCUCAUUGUUGAGCGCGGGGGUGAAAUCCAGUUCCUUGGCAGAGCACACACAGCUGCACUGCCCGAGAAAUCGCAAUGGUUUGAUGAAACACCUUACACAGACCAUAGCCCGGGGCUACUGACAACCGCCGAGGUAACCGUCAACAACCUAGGCAUCCUAAAAUUAGCCAUGGACCCAAUACAACCUGUGAUGGACGUCGGUAACCUGAUAGUGAGAUACGGUGGCCGUCUGGACCUUCGGACAAUGAAAGUGCAAAUUGAUGCUGGAGUAGUAAAGGUUGAGUUUAGCGGUGUGGUAACCAGUGAUGGUAGUGGGUACCAGGCCCAGCAAGGUCCAGGAGCUGGGAGGAGUGGUACAAACAGGGCCUCAGGUGCGGGACAUGGAUCCAAAGGAGGCACCGGAGGUGGGCAGGCUGGUGGAGCAGCCUACGAUUCUUUAUACUCUCCUCAAGAUAUUGGCAGUGGAGGGGGCGGGUCAAGUGGGGGUGCUGGAGGCGGAAGGCUGCACAUCCAAGUGGGAAAGGAUAUUGUCUGCAAUGGUCAGAUUACAGCCAGUGGUCUGCAGGGGGCAAGUCUUUCACAUAGUGGUGGCGGUAGUGGAGGAAGCCUGGUACUUGAUGCUGCCAAUCUGGUUGGCCAUGGUACUGUUCAGUGUGAUGGGGGAUCAGCUUACACGGCUACCAACUACAAUAAUGGCGGAGGGAGUGGAGGCCGCAUUGCUGUUUACCUCACCAACCAAUUUGGGUUCCGGGGCCAGAUACACGCACUAGGUGGAAGGGGUUUAGUGCAUGGCGGGCCUGGCACCGUGUAUAAACGCGUCACCCUAGGUGAUAACGCUGAACACUUUUUGGAGGUUGAUAAUUCAAACUACCCCUCGAGUUUUGGAUGUGACUCCCCAGUGGUGCUUGAUGAGGUUGGAUAUAAGGAGUAUGAUUUCAACGGGAUAAACCUGAAGAGGAAAGCGUGCCUCACAAUGUUGCAGAAUAAUAUAGAGCACACUCUGAGGGUUGGCCAUGUGAUGGGAGACAGAUCAGGGUAUCUCUUCAUUGGACUACAUCACUUUGUGCAUAUUGAACCCCAGCAGAGGCGUUCAAGGGCCCCGGUCAAUUUACUCAUAGAGCCGAGUGGAACCUGUAUCCUGCCACCAGAGUUUGUUGUCAUUGAGACUGUGCAUACAAAGGGGGCCCUCUACGGCUUAGAAAGGGUCAACGUUGAUGGGGAGCUGUUGCUGUACCGGUCAGGCUACUCAGCUUGCACAAACUGCACGCUGGGGAGCCAUGAGAGAGGUCACUACUGGUUAGGUGCUGCAACAAUACGCAGGUCUGGCACCCUUACUAUUGUGGAGAGUGGAGUGCGGGAUCUGAACAGGGGAGCAGCCACACUGGUGCUCUCAGAGACACUCGACGUAGACUACGCAGGGUAUGUUAAAGUACAAGAUGGCCUUGUUGUGUUCGCACGAGACAUGAAGGUGGAGAAGAGCGGGGUUGUUGAUGGUGAUGGGAAAGGGUAUGAGACUGCUAGUGGUCCUGGUGCAGGAUGGACAUGUGGAGCUGGGACUGGGGCUGGUCACGGUGGGAGAGGCGGGGGUUCAUAUUCCUCCUACCAUUCAGGGACCUACUCCUGUUCCCUUGGAGGUGCAGUAUAUGGCAGCCAGUGCCUACCAACUCAAGUUGGCAGCGGUGGUGGAAGUUGUAGCCAUGGACGAGGAGGUCGAGGGGGUGGCAGUGUGGAAAUUGUAUCUAGUAGGCUGUUAGCAGUGGAAGGCCAGGUGCACGUUCAUGGGCUACGUUAUGAAGGAGCAGGUGGAGGUGGUGGCAGUGGUGGCUCACUCUGGGUUGACGGCUUCUUUGUUGAAGGUUGGGGUCACCUGACUUCUAAUGGUGGUAGUGCGACAUCUCAUUCAUACCGAUCCGGCCAUUAUACAUAUUACCAUUAUGGUGGUGGUGGAGCUGGUGGGCGAAUCAGAACCUUUUCCCCUAACUCGCCUCAUGCAGUUUUCAUUGGAAGACGUGCGGCUUCCGGAGGUUUGGCCGGCUCCUACCCAGGCCAGCCUGGGACACUUUGUGUCUCUGGGCUUGAGUGUAGUGGGCACGGUGUGCUGAAUGCAGGAGUGUGCAACUGCCAAGAUGGAUACGUUGGCAGCAAUUGCCAAAUCCCAUGCAAUGACGUGUCGACAUGCAAUGGACAGGGAGUGUGCACCGAGUUUGGUGGUUGUGAGUGCUCUGCGGGCUUUGUCGGUUAUCACUGCGAGCACCAGUGCGACAGGAACACCACGUGCAGCGGAAAUGGAGAAUGUACCCCACAUGCUGAUUGUCUGUGUGACCCUUGUCAUCAUGGCCCAGAUUGCUCCUUGAUGUGCAGUGACAAUGGUGCAUGCAAUAUAAAUGGCAUUUGUGAGUGUGACUCAUGUUACAUUGGCGAGUACUGUCACUCCCUGUGCAACCACCAUGGCGAGUGCAGUAGCAAUGGUACUUGUGAUUGCGAGGAGAGUUGGCGUGGGGAGUUCUGUACUGUUGCUGGUUGUCCAGGUGAGGAAGUUGAUUGCUCUGGCCACGGAGUGUGCAACUCUGCCAUCCAUCAGUGCUACUGUGAUCCCGGUUGGGCAGGCAAUGACUGUGCCCGACCAGACUGUCCAGGAGAGCCAAACUGCUUUGACAGGGGAAUCUGCAAUGCCAGCCUCCUACCCCCACAGUGCCAGAAUUGCUCCAAAGGCUGGAUGGGAGCUGAUUGCAAUGAGACAUGUCUCUAUGGCAACCAGGUUCCCAUGGAUAGCGGCAUCUGUGUGUGCGACACUUGCUGGACGGCCAAAGGCUGCAAUGUGGAAUGUUCUGCUCAUGGUUUCUGCAGCUCAGAUAACACCACUUGUGAGUGUGAUCCGCUCCAAGGUUGGCGUGGUGAGGUUUGUGAGAUUCCAGGCUGUCCUGGAUAUGGAGAAGAUUGCACAGGUCAUGGAGACUGCAACAGCGCAACCCAUGAAUGCACCUGCUAUCCAGGAUGGACUGGUGUGGGCUGUCAUAUCCCCGACUGUCCUGGAGAUCCGGAUUGCUUUGGACGUGGUAUUUGCAAUGCCUCCCUAGAUACUCCGGUCUGCCAGAACUGCUCUCUCGGCUGGAUGGGUCCAGCUUGCAACGACCCAUGUGUUAAUGGCGUCCAGACACCCAUGGACAGUGGUUAUUGCAACUGUUCGGCAGGUUGGAGCGGGGUUGGUUGCGACUCGGAAUGCUCCGAACAUGGAGUUAUCGUUGACGGUGCCUGUGUAUGUGACUAUGCCACAGGUUGGAAGGGGGAACUCUGUGAUGUACCAGGAUGCCCAGGCAAAUUCAAUCUUGAUUGUUCUGGUCGGGGUGAUUGUGACAGCUCCUUGCAUAAGUGUGUCUGUGAAGAAGGAUGGACAGAUUUGGGUUGUGAGAUACCAGACUGUCCUGGUGUACCUGACUGUGCCAAUCGUGGUUACUGUAAUGAGACCUUUGACCCACCACUGUGUACUAACUGCAGUAAAGGUUGGAUGGGGCCAGCUUGCGAGGAUCCGUGCAUUAAUGGUGUGCAGUUCCCAAUGGACAGUGGUUUCUGUAAGUGUGAGCCCGGGUGGGCUGGAGUUGGCUGUGAUGCUGAAUGUUCGCUUCACGGGACCAUUAUCGAGGGAGCCUGUGAAUGUGAACCAGAGUGGAGUGGCGAGCUCUGUGACGUCCCAAGUUGUCCAGGCCUUUUCAACCUUCCCUGUAGCGGUAGAGGUGAGUGCAACAGUGGGACUCACGAGUGUACCUGCAGCAACGGGUGGACCGGAGAUGGUUGUGAACUAGCUGAUUGUCCAGGCAGCCCCGACUGUUUUGAGCGUGGCUACUGCAAUGAGACCUUUGACCCACCACGAUGCACCAACUGUACCCACGGCUGGAUGGGAGUUGAUUGUAAUGAGCCAUGCACGUACGGUGUCCAGCAGCCGAUGGAUAGCGGUAUCUGUGUCUGUGAACCCUGCUACUCUGGGAAAGGAUGCAACAGUGAAUGUACUGGCCAUGGCAAGUGUCAAGAUGACAAGUGUGUCUGCGAUCCUGGUUGGCAUGAAGAGGUGUGCCAGAGGCCAGGUUGUCCAGGUGUUGGUGUCGACUGCACAGGGCACGGAGAUUGCAACAGUGCUAUCCAGGUGUGCUUCUGCUAUCCAGGUUGGACUGGGGAUGGCUGUGACCAGCCCGAUUGCCCGGGAGAGCCUGACUGCUCGGGUCGGGGAUUCUGCAACUCCACGGAUCGCGAAGUGCCGGUGUGCACCGACUGCAUCUAUGGCUGGAUGGGGCCGGAAUGCAAUGAUCCUUGCACUCAUGGGACCCAAGUCCCCAAAGACAGCGGCUUCUGCGAGUGUGAGCCAUGCUGGACCGGCGUGGGAUGCAACAGCGAGUGCUCAGGUAACGGAGUGUGUGAUGAGAUGGGCCAUCGCUGUCAGUGCUUCAAUUACGCCAGCCAGGCCUUCUUGGGGGAGAAGUGCGAAACGGUCGGCUGUCCAGGUCUUGACGGAGCUUGCAAUCAGCAUGGCACCUGUAAUGCUGUCACCCAAGAGUGCACUUGUUAUCCAGGAUGGACUGGCUCUGAUUGUAGCAUUCCAGAUUGCCCAGGAAUCCCCAGCUGCUCAGGCCAUGGCCAGUGUCUGGGUGAGACGCCAAGGCGUUGCCAAUGCGAGCCAGCCUGGGCAGGUGAGGUCUGUGACACCCCCUGCGAAUUUGGCUACAACUACGGUGACAGCCGCGGCUGUGUUUGCCAGGCCUGUUACACCGGCAUCGGAUGCAACAAAGUGUGCUCAGGCCGUGGUGAGUGCAUGAACGAUCAGUGUCAGUGCUUCUUCGAGUCUGGUUACCGUGGUGAUGGAUGUCAAAUCCCCGGAUGCCCCGGGUUGGGCGUGGAUUGCAGCAACCAUGGGACAUGUAACACGGCGACGUUUGACUGCCUCUGUGAUCCUGGAUGGAAAGGUGUUGGAUGCCAUAUACCGGAUUGCCCUGGGGAACCAGACUGCAAUGGCCGAGGAGAAUGCCCUAUCCCACCUGAUGGCGAGGAUCCAGUCUGUACCAACUGUCACAACACGUUCAUGGGGGAUGGUUGUGAACUACGCUGCAUCUACGGCCUACCAGAAAAGAUCAAUGGCACCUGGCAAUGCACUUGCUAUCCCUGCUAUGCAGGGCUUGCUUGUGACAAGCUCUGCAAUGGGCAGAGUGACACAUGCCUUGAAGAUGUGUGCGACUGUGGCUUUGACGGGUGGCGCGGCGACACGUGCACUGAACCGGGUUGCCCUGGGUACGGCGAAGACUGCACCGGGCACGGAGAGUGCAACCGGGCAACAGGGAAGUGCUACUGCAUGAACGGCUGGGCAGGGAUUGGCUGUCAUGUGCCGGAUUGCCCCGGUACGCCAGAUUGCAACGGACGAGGUGAUUGCGUCACCGGCGAGCCUGGUUGCAACGGCACGGGUAAUUGCAUCCCCGAGGAGCCUGUUCCUGUCUGUCGGAAUUGUGCUGAGGGUUGGAUGGGACCAGCCUGCGAAGUGCCUUGCAUCAAUGGGAAAGAGAGUCCACCCUAUUCUGGCAUCUGCAAGUGUGACCCAUGUUACCAUGGCCCACACUGCGACAUUCUCUGCUCAAAUAUUGGCAAGUGUACUGGUGGCAUCUGUUUCUGUGGUUUUGAGGGUGGAAGGGGAGAGUUCUGUGACUCGCCUGGUUGCCCCGGAUUGUUUGAUACUGACUGCUCCGGCCGCGGGACCUGUCUGUUUGAUAAGUGCAUCUGUAGGGAAGGAUGGGUGGGCGAAGGUUGCGAAAUUCCCAACUGCCCUGGAGAACCCAACUGUAAUGAUCGUGGAAACUGCACUGGUACGUCAUCAUUGGUCAUGCCAGAAUGCCGCAAUUGCAUCGACGGCUGGAUGGGGGAGGCAUGCGAGAUACCUUGCGGCCCAGAACAUGGGUACCAGUAUCCCAUGGACAGUGGGGUGUGUCUGUGUACCAGUGGUUGCUGGCACGGUGUCAGUUGCGACAGCAUGUGCAGUGGCAAGGGCACGUGCGUCGGAGAAAAAUGCCAGUGCGAAGACGACCAGGGAUACAAUCCAGGGAACUGGGGGGAUCACUGCGAGAUACCUGGCUGCCACGGGCAGGGUCAGCCCUGCUCUGGUCACGGACUCUGCACCGUCGCCCUGGAGUGUCUGUGUGAUGACGGCUGGAUCGGGGCAGGGUGCCACAUACCGGACUGCCCCGGGGAACCGGACUGCAAUGGGAAUGGCGUCUGCGACGGGAGCGGGGACAUCCCUGUCUGCAUGUGCAACACGUUUUGGAUUGGCGAGAGUUGUGGAUAUCCUUGCGUUCACGGCAGCGAGCAAGCAGACGGGAGCUGUGCUUGUGAUCCCUGCUACUCAGGACCUGGGUGUGACCGAGAAUGUGGAACACAUGGAUCAUGUACCAAUGCCUCCUGUAUCUGUGAUUCUGCAUGGUGGGGUCCACAGUGCACCUACAAGGGGUGCCCUGGUGUGGGAACCAACUGCACAGGGCAUGGCUACUGCAAUGUUUUUGACCAGCAAUGCUACUGCAAGAGUGGCUGGAAGUCUUUGGGAUGUGAGGUACCAGACUGUCCCGGUACACCAGACUGCAGCAACAGAGGAACCUGUGAUGGCGACAACUAUGACCCACCACGCUGUGUUGAUUGCAUCCAAGGCUGGAUGGGAGAGAAGUGCGAGAUACCAUGCACUUACGGUGAACAGGAACCACCUAACAGCGGCUACUGUACAUGCUAUGAUUGUUACACGGGUACCAGUUGCAAUGUGGAGUGCUCGGAGCAUGGAAGCUGUAAUGGCACUCACUGUGUGUGCCAGGAUGGAUAUAAAGGGGAAUAUUGUGAAUAUCUGGAUUGCCCCGGUGAGCCAGAUUGUAGCAACUACGGCACUUGCGUCCGACGGGACGGCCGCUCAGUGUGUCUGUGUAAUCCUGGAUUCACUUCCGACGACUGCAGCGAGAUAUACUGCGCGGGAGAACCUGAAUGUAACAACAGAGGAAACUGUACAUUAACGGGAGCCUCACCGCAGUGUGUGUGCUUCCAUGGGUUUAACGGCGAGGCCUGCGAACGCUGCCUCCCACGUUUUGAUGGCGACCAAUGUCAGCGAUGUACAGAGGGCUACAUUGGCUGGAACACGAACUGCGCGAUACUGUGCCUUCACGGCUAUGCUACAGAGCCUGGUGGGAGCGAGUGUGAGUGCUACGCGGAUGCGGAGCAUGGUCACUGGACGGGGGCUAGCUGUGAUGAGUGCAUUGAAGGCUGGGCCUUGCCUGAUUGCAGGUCAUGUCUUGGAGGAUACGUUGGCCUAGGUCAUUGCUUCAGCUGUAUGACUGGCCACGGUGGCUACCGCGAUCCAGAUGACGGUGAAGGAGGCCGAGAACCCCUCCGUCCCAUCCUAGAAUGCGUAGCCCCAGAGAUAAAUGGAACAGGUUACAUUGCCUGGUUUGGCUAUGAGAAUCAGAACCUUCACAACGUAUACCUGGCGAUCGGUCCAGAUAACCGAUUUGAGGUGUCAUCCCUCAUUCAGGGGAGUGUGGCUGGAGAGAAUAUGGGGCAGCCGACAAAGUUCAAGCCAGGAAAUCACACGAACGUUUUCAGCCUACGACUUUCAAGCGCUCAGGAUGAAGCAACGUGGUAUCUAGCCUACUCUCUGUCCAACAGGCGUUACCAAGUCUCAGCCUCGGCUAGCUUCCCAGUUUCGUGCACAGGAGAUGAGAUCUCGGAACAAGAUAGAACUCCAGCCAAUGAGACAGACCCAGGAUACUGUGGUUGUUUCCAUGGUUACUGGGGACCGAGCUGUGAAUUUGAGUGCAUAGGUGGAGCCGACAACCCCUGUUUUGGUAAUGGCAUCUGCGACCCUUUCACUGGUAAUUGCACAUGCAAUGCCGGCCUCCACCAAAGUGAGGACUGCAGGACUUGCGCAGAGGGAUGGAUCGGAGAAGACUGCUCGGUGGGGCUGAACCAAGUCCCCAACGAGAAAGCAGGGUACCAUUAUGCCACAGCUUACGGGCAAGGACAUUUCACAACUUUUGACGGAGCAUCUUACCGAUACUAUGGUGUUGGGGAGAACCAUCUACUGAAAGCAUCAGACAUGGAUGUUCAAAUUAGGAUGGUGCCGUGUCUACCCAGGUCCAAGGCUUCAUGUAUCAAUGCCUUUGCUUUAAAGAUCCAAGAGGAGGUGGUCACCAUACACGGAGGUUACACAGAUGAGGAGAGGAACGGGUAUGUAUGGAUCAACAAGAAACAGUACAAGCCUGGCCUUCCAACUGCAAUCACUUCCAUGUGUUGGUUAACCAGGGAGGCAUAUGACCACUACCGUUUGCACAUUGCUGAUGAGUGGAACAUUAACAUCUAUGUCCGUGGAAGGUACUUAGAUAUCAGGAUUGAGGCUGCCCGCUUAAUUUGUCAGAGCCUGCGUGGAUUGCUUGGCUCCUGUAACGGACAGCCAAUGGACGAUUUUGUAACAAAAGAUGGCACAGUAAUCACUGUGGGAGAGAAUGCAACAAUCCUCCUCAACCAAGAAAACAUUCACAGUGUCUUCGGAGCUUCAUGGGAAGUGCAGGUCCAUUCAUCUCUGUUUGUAUACGGCUUUGGGGUGUACAAGGAAAUCCAAGAUAUCAAGAAUUCCGGUGCUACAUAUUGUCUGAAGUUUGACGACUCUGUUGCCGAGUCAGGGCAGCUGAACACCUUCUCCGACUCAGAUGUCACUCUUGAAUUUGACCUGAAAUUGAGUUCCGAUGUCACAGAUUGCAGCACAAUAUUGUCCUACAUUCAUAGUGAGACAUUUGCCCUCGUUUACUGCAACACAUAUUUCAAGGUACAGUAUGGGCAGCUAGAAUAUUCAACUGGGUUUGGGGUGGUAAGAGAUGUGUGGUAUCGUGUGGUCCUGGUCUGGCAAAAGUCCACCAACCUCCUGCAAAUCUACUGCUAUGACCCUGAGGGUGAAUUUGAGACCCAAAUUUUCAACUUUGGGAGUCCAGAUGUGCUUUCGCCAGGAGGGAAGUUGGUGCUAGGCCAGUGGUACCCUCCUGCAGGGUUUGAAGGAAAGUGUCCACAACAAGGAUUUGUUGGUCAGCUGGAUGAAGUGAAGAUCUGGAAGUCCUAUUUCCAGCAGUCAGAACUGAAAGAGAGGCUAGGGAUUGCACCUGACGUUGAAGACCCAAAGCUGGCGAGUUACUGGCAACUGAAUGAAGGUCAAGGGUCAAAAUUCUAUGAUGCUGUGUCGUUAGGGCACUUCACAAUGCAAGAGAAGCCAUGGAAUACCCCGCAAUGGGUCUACUCAUCUGCUACAGUGAAGAUCGAACAAAAUGUGAAAGAUAUCUAUGCUGUGCCGAGCAGUGAUACUCCUACCUGGCAUCAAGCAAAUACAGCCUGUGAUAGCUUCAUUCUGGCAGCGUCCUUCAGUGAAUGUCGCCGGAUGGGUCUAACUGACUACUACCACCUGAUGUGCGUUCAGGAUGCCAUUCUCAGCAAAGAUCUUGAUUCAGUUAUGGAAAUCAUUCUCGCCUAUGCAGAUCACUGCCAGCUCACCAUUGGCACUCAGUCGUAUCCAGCACAGCCAUUUUGUAACAACUUCCCCACAAGGCAAUUCCCGUACUGGAUUGGUCCCAGCUGUGAUACAGAAUGCAUCUCUGGAUAUGCAGUCGUAAAACCAGGUUCUAAUGUUACCUGUGAGUGCUAUGAUGGUUACUGGGGCCCCCAAUGCGAUAACCAGUGUGAGGGUGGAGCAGGAACCCCCUGUGGAGAUAGUGGUGUCUGCCUGAAAUCAUCAGGCACUUGUGAGUGUCCUAUCUACUUCACAUCUGAAUCAGAUUGUACCAUAUGCCAAGACGGGUGGUCUGGCCAGGACUGCAUCACUGCCGAUUUGCAAGAGCAAGCAGCCAGUGGAAAAUUUGCCAUUGCAUCUGUUUUCAGCUAUGGGCACUACUUAAUGUUUGAUGGCACUGCAUAUAACAUGGAAGCUUCUGGAGAGUUUAAAUUUUCAGGCACCUCGGAACAGUCAUUGUAUGUGCGUCAGGUUCCCUGUGGAGAAGGUGUGGUGUGCAUCACUGGAGUCUGGAUGGAGUUAUUCCCAACAGCUAGACGCAAGAAAAGACAGACUAGGGGCGAGCUGAACUUGACUUUCAGGACACCUUAUGAAACAGGAUCAGACCACCUUGUGUUAAUCAAUGGAGAGGUGCUAAACUAUGUAGAACCAAUCAACUUUGGGACGGGUCAUACAAUGACCAAGACUUCUCCAGAUACUUAUGUCAUCUCCAAAGAAGGAUCCAGCCAGGUGUCUGUAACAAUCCAAAAUCGCUACAUCAACCUUCAAGUCACCGUUCAACAAGAUCUGUGUGAAAAUAUUGAGGGCACCCUCUCAGGAAGCUGCGAUAAUGACACUGACAACAACUUCCAAAUUGGACCAGAUAGCUUUGUACCACUUGCCAACAUUACAUAUGACAUCAUUAAUGGACCUUUUGCAGAGUACUGCACCAUUCCACUAACACAGCUGACACAGUUCCUGUAUGGAUAUGGAGAAUACAAGGAAACACGUGAAAUCACCCCAUCUGGCAAUUCUCUAUUCUUCAACGGCACUGCUUGUAUCAGCGAGCCAUUUACAAGCAUCUUUGGGGAUGACUCUGACAUCACAAUUGAGUUUCUGCUCAGAGGAGAAGACCCAAGCACCAGUGGAGGUACUCUGUUAUCAUACCUUGGUACCCACUCUUUUGCAAUAACCAACGAAUUGACUCUGAAGGUUCACUAUGCCAACUUGACCUUCAACACUGGAAUCUCAACUGAUACCAAUGAAUGGGGACUCUUAUCCUUCCUGUAUUACCAUGCUACAGGUCACUGCUCACUCUACUAUGUCAGCCAUGAGGGAGCCCUUGAAGGUUCUUCUUUUGAGCUUACUAGAGGAAUUUUCGAACCUGGUGGCACCUUAGCACUAGGUCGCUGGCAACCAGGUCGUGACCCAGCUCUAGAACAGCCCCCUUUGACAGAAUUCACUGGCUACAUGGAUGAGCUACGAAUAUGGACUCAAACCUUUGACAUCCUAACCCUUUGGCAAAAUGCUGAACUUAACGUCCAGCCUGAUUCACCCAACCUAGCUGGAUUGUGGAAAAUGUCUGCUGGACAUGGGAGCCUCGUGGAGGAUCUUGUUCAUGAGAAUCACCUGUACAUACUCGAAGUUGGUGGACCUGUUUGGUCCCUUAUUGGCACAGCAUUAGAUCCAGCACCAAAGUCCAUUGGCUACAACUAUGUUGAGAAAGUCUAUGACAAAUUCUCUUCUGAAGAAGAAAGAGUUGCGGCAGAGAAGCAUUGCAGAGAACUCUUUUUAGAGGGUCCCCUUGCAUCUGAAUGUCAGGAUCUUGGACCAACCUUUGGGACGUACUACUACCAAAUCUGCCUCAUGGAUUAUGUCGUUGACAAAGGGCUUUCAUCCGCCGAAUCCUCUGUCGAAACCUUUUCCACAAUCUGCAAGAAAGCCCUCAAUUUGACCAACUCUCCUCUAACCACCCUCUGCCAGAACAUCACCAACUCACAGCAGUUUGUUGAACUUGGUUGUGAGAAGGAGAUGUGUGUGUUUGGCAUCAUUGAUCCUUUCAGUGGUGUCUGUGCUUGCGAUGCAGCACACUGGGGUGCUACGUGCUCUCUACCCUGCCCUGGUGGGCUGAUAACACCUUGCAAUGGGCAUGGAACAUGCAUCCAAGACACAGGUUUGUGUAACUGUGAAACUACGUGGUCAGAUGAGAGCAACUGUACUGAGUGUAGGCCAGGUUGGACUGGUCGAGACUGCUCCAUGAGCAACACUGAUAAAGAACCUAAUGCCACCAUGCCUAUCUGUAACAUCUUUGGUCAAGGCCACUUCGUCAAUUUUGAUGGUACUCAGUUUGACUUCAAGGAGUAUGGGGAGUAUUACCUCAUGAAAGAUACAUCCACAAAUUUUGUCGUCCAGGUCAGGAUUCUGCCUUGUUACGAUCAGUCGUCAUGUGUUACAGCAGUGGGAGUCCGAUACAGUGGAGACUCAGUUGUAGUAAGGGAUGGCUAUGUCAGUGACAGCCAAGUGCUUCUGUUCCAUAAUGGACAGUCUGUCAUGUAUAACAAUAUCUCUGUCCCCAUGCAAAAUUUCAUCUUCGAGCGUUCAUCAUCUUUGGAAUAUGUAAUCCGGAGUGAGCCAAGUCUUUACUUCAGGCUCCGUGUUGUUGACCGUUCGCUUAACAUACUGAUGAACAUUCUGCCAAGCUACUGCAGCCAGUCGGGAGGCAUUUGCGGAUCCUGUGAUGCUGACACCACCAACGAUAUUACAGAUCCAAGUUACAUCAAAGAUAAUGGUCUAUGGGUUGUACCCUCUCAUGAGAGCUUGUUCACACCCUUGUUUGGAGAAUUGGGACUCCUUGAGGAAAGAGUUCCAACUGGCGCUGGAUUUUGUCUUCAUUUCAACAAUACCUACCUGUCAUCUGAUGUACUUGAUGAUGUUUUCACUGAUACCUCAGAUAUCACCCUGGAGUUUUUUGUCAAAGUUGAUGCCAGCGAUGGUAUCAUUUUAUCCUACAGCACCACAUCAUCAUUCACUGUGUUUGUUCAGCAAGGAACCCUCAGAGUAUCAAUAGAACAUGAUAGCUUUGACACUGGCCUAACCCCUGAAAUCAGCAUUUGGAACCAAGUGUCUGUUGUCUGGAAGAGAGAACUCUACCGGAUUGAGGUGUACCUCUUGAUGUCUGAUGGAAGUAUCCUCCAAGAGGCUCACACCUUUGAAGUCACCACUGAUCUCUUCAUUGCCGGGGGAAGGCUUGUGAUUGGUGGAUGGCAGCCUGGUACUGUUAAUUUCUCACCUCCCCCUGUAUUAAGACCUCUCACUUGCAGUUUCGAUGAGCUACGAAUCUGGCACAAGGCUCUGACGGUUUUUGACAUCCAAUUCUAUCAGGGAAUAAACAUCCAACCAGGACAUCAGCACAUCUUUGGAUUGUGGAAAUUCAAUGAAGGACAGGGAGAAAUAGUGUAUGAUCUGGUUAACCGAGCACAUUUCCAUUUCUCAACCCAGGUGUGGGUAAUAAAUCAACCGAUUUGGCAGUUCUCAUCUAUCAAAAUUCAAUUACUACCACCACAGUACACCUACACUUUCCUUGAUGUUGGGUAUGAGAUGUUUGUUAGACGAGCGUGUCUUGAUGUUGUCCAGUCUACGUCUAUCAUAAGCAAGUGUGGAAAGCUGGAUUCAUCCAACUUUGAAUUCUACUUGGUAUCCUGUAUUAGAGAUUACGGUCUGGCCAGAAGUCAGUAUGCAGCUCUCUCAGCUUCUUUGGCAAUAGCUGAUUUCUGUUCCUUCAGGUUAAGUAUUCCAUCCGAGUUCUGGCCAGCACGAUGGUCGUGUAACUACUUUGAGGGAAUCCCAUUUCCAGUAUGGUUUGGAGAGUCUUGCAGUCAUCAGUGCUACUUCACAGACCAGAAAGUUACCAAUGGCUCAGCACCACUUGAGGUGUGCCUCUGCUCUUCUGGAUACUGGGGAAGCAACUGCAACUCAGUCUGCACUGGUGGGGUCUUGUCCCCUUGUAACAACCAUGGAUCCUGCUCCCAGGAUUCAGGAGUUUGCCUUUGUGAGACCAACUGGAAUGGGGACACGGGAUGCAGGACUUGCUCUAUGGGCUGGAAAGGUUCAGACUGUUCCCUUGCUGUACUUGAGACACCCCCUGCAACAAUCACUCAUCAUUGUACUGUUUUCAGCAGUGGCUUCUACACACUCUUUGAUGGAUCAAGUGUUGUCUUCUCCGACAUAGGGGACUUCACUUUUUAUGAGAGUGGAGAUUUGACCUUCCAGAUUCGACAAGGACCCUGCUUGAACAAAAAAUCAUGUAUUACUGCGCUAGCCCUCCAAGUUGAUAAUGAGGCUCUUAUCAUCAGUGCUCCAUCAGCUUUGACCAGUGAGCCUUUGGUGGUUCUUGACAACAAAACUAUCACUCUAGGCUCAAAUUUGACUUUUGGUUCUUCAGAUCAUUACUUACUAGCUCGUGUAGAGCUUGGAAGAUUUGACAUCACAGGUCCAAAUGGUCUGCACGUUGUCCUGGACAUAGCUGGUGUCUAUAUGAACAUUGACUUUGAGAUCCAUCAGACAGCCUGUAGUGGAGUUCUUGGGUUGUGUGGUCCAUGCAUUCCCACAGAAGCUCCCUGCACAGCUAAUGACAACGACCCCAUAUGUGCCAUGCAACAUCUUGGUUUAAGUGGUUAUGCAGCACGCUUUACACUCACCCACUCCCUGACCUACCAAUUCUGUGCUGUGUACUUGUUGCGUCCAUCUGCAAGCCUCAUGUAUGUGGUCUUUCGUGAUCACACUUUUGUGGGAUAUCCACUAGUUCCAUAUCCCUCACCAGCUGGCUUUGGACUGUUCUUCAACAACUCCGGUAUUGUCUCCAACCCCAUACCUGCUGGCGCCUUAAUCUCAGAUCACCUCACUGUGCAAUUCUAUGUCUACUGCUCUAGCACUGCAUCAGGAACCCUGCUAUCAUUCACACGCCACACAACCUUUGCUGUAACUGCGAUUGAUGGCACUUUUCACUUGCACUAUAGCGACUUGGUGAUUGACACCGAGAUCAACAUAGCUGUUGACAUCUGGCUUCAGAUCUCACUGGUCUAUGAUCAGACCACUGGCAGACUUGGCUUCUACUGCGUGGACUCAGCACAGGUUAUCCAGUAUCGGUACUACUUCAUCGGAAUUGGCAUUUUUGUGCCUGGAUGCACCCUUGGGAUUGGAACAUGGCAGCUGCCAGUGGAUGGAGCCAGUUUACCUCCGGAGGGCAUCUUUACAGGAUACUUCGACACCAUCUGCAUCUGGGGUGUACCCUUCUCUCCGACAGAUGUGAUCAGUAGUUGGGGAUCACCAGGAAUCCGCCAUGACUCAACACUGGUGGCACUGUGGCCAUUGGACUUCGGAAUUGGCCCUAUUGGCUAUGAUGUCAUCUCAAACAUUAAUCUUGUCUUCCCUGUUAAUCCUCUUGUUGCACCGUCUUGGUGGGCAUCAGGUGCACCCAUAUCUCAGAUAUUGCCCGGAAUAGAAUUUACAACCACAGUCACAUUCCAAACGCCAGAGCUUGAGGAGAAGGCACAUAUAUUGUGCUCACACCUCAUCUACUCUGGUCCAAUUAGAGAUCAUUGCGGUACCCUGAUAACUAGUGCUCAGUAUCACUACAUCGCUUGCCUUCAAGACAUCUCUUCAACAUCUGAGACACAGAAGAGUAGAGAUGCCGUUUUGUCAUUUGCAACGGAAUGCCAAGACGUGUUGAAGCUUCCAAACUGGCCAGGGCAACUUCUCUGCAACAAUUUCCCAGGUGAACCUUUCCCUGUUUGGGCAGGCCCCAACUGUACACAACGUUGUGUCUUCGGAACAUACUCAACCACAUGCAUCUGCCACUACGGAUACUGGGGAGCAGAAUGUGACAGGAUUUGUCCAGGUGGUGGACCUAUCAACCCUUGCCAUGGCAAUGGUUUCUGUGAUGUAGAAACAGGAACAUGCGAGUGCUUUGGUAACUGGAAAGGUGACCGGGAGUGUGGAUCUUGCUCAGAAGGUUGGACUGGAGCAGAUUGCAGCCUUCUAGUUUCAGAGCUCCCUCCAGGACGUACUGAGGUUUCUUGCUCUGUCAGGUCCGAGGUGAUCACCAACUAUGCAGGGAUCAACUAUGAGGUACCAGAUGUCGGGGUCUAUCUACUCACAAAACUUGGGAAUGUUGAAAUGCAGAUGAGUCAGGUGAUCUGCUCGGAUGAAUCUGUUUGUCUCGACGGGCUAGCUGUCAGCUUCUCUGAUCAGAAUGUAACCAUCCGGCACUUUGCAGCAAACUACCACUCCAUUGUUCAUGUAAACGGCGAGAUGACAGUAGCGGAUGAACCAGUUGUUUUGAAAGACCGAUCAGAUGACACACUUACCCUGACAAGGCUCUCAUCUGAGACUUAUGAAAUCCAAACAGGCACUCUUGGCUUCUUCAUCCACAUCAACAUCAUGGAGACUCACAUCAUUGUGGAUGUUGAGAUACCAAGCAGUGUUUGCUGUAACGAUGUGCCUCUUGGUCUGUGUGGUCCUUGCCUAGAUUGUUCCGGCAUUACCCCUCCUAUUCCGGACGGCACACCCGGCAUCGUCAUCCCAGAUCCAACUGAGGGACAAAGGGAUAUGUUGGCAAAGAUCAAAAAAGUCAGGAUUCCCCCAGGCCCUGGUGUUAUCUUUUCCACUGACGAGACACCGUAUAAUCCAGAUUCAUAUGCUGGAUAUUGCCUGUCAUUUAGAGAAUCAGCUGUGGUCAUUGAGAACAUUCGCAUAUCUGUCAAACGCUACACUUGUGUGGAGUUUCUUAUCAAGACAUGUUCUGAAGGCUGUGGUGGCACUAUCUUCUCAUUUGCAGCAUCCAAGACAUUCUUCAUCAGCACCAUCUCUGGUUACAUAUCAAUUCACUACGGCAACUUCAACGUCACAACAGACCUCUACCUUGACAUUGAGGUCUGGAACCUUGUCUCCUUGCUCUGGGAUAGCCAUUCAUUCACCCUGGAUGUGUACAUCUUUGAUGCAGAGGGCCUGCCUACAAGAAGAACAUACUUCUUGCCAGCUAAUAUCUUCCCGUCAGAUGGAAGCAUCUGCCUUGGAGCUUGGCAGCCAGGAAUUGAUGGAACUGGAUUAGAACCCAGUGGUGCCUUUGUUGGACUGAUAGAUGAUCUACGUGUUUGGGACAGUUUCUUUGAUAGCAAUGCCGUUCAGACUCACUGGGAUACAUACAUAGGACCUUUCACUCCUGGGCUGACAGGACUCUGGAAGUUUGAUGAAGGAGCAGGUAAAGAGGCAUACGAUGCUGUCUCGGGCCUUCCGAUCAUUCUCACAAACUCAUCUUACCCAGCCCCAGUCUGGCAACCUUCAGAUGCACCUAUACCUGCACCUAUCGAUAGAAGUGGUAAUGGAGGAGCAUCGGGAGAUAGCGGUGGCACUGGUGGUGGAGGUGGUAGCAGCAGUGGUGGAGGUGGUGGCAGCGGUGGGACAGGAGAUGGAGCAGGAGGCACUGGAGGAGGAGGUGGUAAUAGUGGAGGAGGUGGCUUGGGUGGAGGAGUAACACCUACUGUGCCUGACUGGUUGGAUGAUUUCUGUAAGAGUGUGACCCUUGCUGGACCACUGUACAAUUCCUGCCCAAUUGGUGAUGCUGCUCAACAGCGCUACUACCAAGCAUGUCUGCAGGCUGUUGCUACCACCAACACUGUCGAACCAGCCCUCGAACCAGUCGUUGAGUUUGCUGAUUUCUGUCAAGUGGCUCUUGCCCUACCAGACUGGCCUGCACAACCACUUUGCAACAGAUUCGGAGAUGCUGUAUUUCCCCGCUGGAUUGGUGACAGCUGUGACAUCCUUUGUGCCUUUGGGUCGCGCCAUCCAGAUGACAGGAACAUUUGUGUCUGCGACUAUGGCUACUGGGGCAUUAACUGUGAUGAGGUCUGCCCAGGAGGAUCGAGCCUGCCUUGUAGUUCCCAUGGACUUUGUGAUGCUCUGACAGGAACUUGUACUUGUUCGUCAAAUUGGAAUGGUGCACUAGACUGCAGCCUUUGCACACCAGGCUGGCUUGGGACUGACUGUUCCACUGCACUUGUACAAGUGAGUCUUCAGAUUAGAAUCCACCUGCGUAUCUCUGUCAUUGUCGGCUUCUCCCAAAUUACCACUGUGAGUGGAUACACGUUCCUUCAUUACUCUGUUGGACAGUACUAUCUUCUGCGAAUUGCUGACAACUCACUUGUUAUCCAGGCCAAGUUCAUUAACUGUUAUGGUGGCUAUUCUUGCAUCAGGUACCUUGGCCUACGAUUUGGAGACCCAGUUGGUGGCUUUGCCCAAGUAACCAUUGGAGGUGCACACAUUUCCGGUGGAUAUUUCAUCAUCUAUGUUAGUGGAGUGGAAGUCACAGUUGAUGGCACAUUAGAGUUUGGCCACUCUGGAUACGUUUUCACCCGUCUGUCAUACCUUGAGCUGUUAAUUACUGGACCAGGUGAUUUCAGCAUCAUUGUUAGAGCCGAUGGAAAAUAUCUAUCCCUGGCUACCAGACUUCCCAACAGCCUUUGCUCCAUAGCAACAGGAAUCCUCGUAGGUGGCUGCUGUAACUCAACUAGCAUGGAUGAAGCUGUUUUGUCACUUCCAGUUGCUCGCCCAGACCUUGGGCUUUGCAAGAACAGCCAUCCAAUACAAAUGCCAGCACCUAUGCAAUCAGGCAAUUACCAGUUUUCCACCAAUGAAACCACUGAUGCAGCAUGUGACAGCAGUACUCUGUCACCUUCAGACCAGGCCAUCAAAGAUUUCAUGAAGAGCUGGCUGGUCAGUGACUGUGAUAAUGUAAUAACCUACCCUAGCUCAAACUCUGCUUUGCAGCUUUAUGGCAGCUAUUCACUCCACUUCCAUUUAACUGUGAUCUUCACACAGCAAGUGACCCUCUUUGUUCAAGAAACGUAUAAUGUUGCAUUUGAGCUGCUGAUCAAAUGUCAAGACACUGUCACAAAUGGAGGUGUUGUGUUCUCCUACUCCCACUACACAACCUUUGCUCUCAGUGUGGAAUCAACUGUCAAGAUAUACAUUGGAAAUGUGGUUUAUAACACCAACCUGAUUGUUCAGAAUGAAGAAUGGAACAAAGUUGUGUUAGUAUAUGAAGACAUCAAUGGCAAGUUAAAUAUCUACCAUUUUGAUCCCAAAGGGAAUGUGAAGCGCUACCAGCUCUCUGUUGAUGUUCACCUAUUCCGCGUCGCUGGGUAUCUCUCACUUGGCUCCUGGCAACCAGCCUGGAACUUGACAAGCCAGGUGCCGCUGAGAUCCUUCUCUGGCCACAUUGAUGACUUCAGAGUCUGGAACAGGUACCUAAGUCCUGCUGAGGUACCUGGCAUGUGGGAUAACAGGCCAGGAACUGACAUACCCGGAUUGGUGCGAUAUUGGCCAUUUGAUGAAGGGGAGGGAUUGUUUGCAGAAGACCGUAUCACAGGUGACAAACUCUACAUGCCUGACAAUCCAUGGCCUCAGCCGCAGUGGGUUGACUCUGAUGGACCUGUCCCAGAUGAUGGUUUCAUCCCACCCAUUGAUCCGACUUUUGACAACAAUGAUCUGGAAGGUGAGACAAAAAAUCUCUGCAAAAGUCUUUUGCGUUCCCCACCUGUCUCAGAUUCCUGUGACGACCUUGGAGAGGGAACUGCAGGCAUGUACUACAUGCUCUGUCUGCGAGAGGUUGCUGAAACACAAGAUCUUGUCCAGGCAUACAAGGUUGCAUUUGGUUUCUCAGACAUUUGCCAGGCUGCUAAAAACCUGAGUACCUGGCCAGCAUUGCCGUUGUGCAGUGAAGCACCAACUCUUAGAACCGGUACCCAAUGCAAAGAUGACUGCCUGUUUGGAGUCAAGAUGUCUUCUGGAGCUUGCUCUUGCCUGAAUGGCUUUCAUGGAGACCAGUGUGACAGUGUGUGCCCCGGUGGAUCAGUCAAUCCAUGUAGCUCCCAUGGAAUUUGCUUGCCUUCCGGAUUGUGUGCCUGUGAUCUUAAUUGGUCUGGCCUGCUGGAUUGCGGGAUCUGUGCUCAAGGAUGGUAUGGGCAUGACUGCACUGUUGCCACAACGCUAAUCGUCUCCACUCAUAGACUGUACUACACAAGCUUUAUCACUGUGUUUUCACAGUACACCUUAUUUGACGGCCUGAGCUUUAACUUUGCAGCUGUAGGUGAGUUCUACCUGAUGCAGACCAGUAACUUUGUUAUUCAGAUCCGACAGGUUCCUUGCUAUCACCAGUCAACCUGUGUCAAUGCCAUUGCAGUCCUUAUUGACAGCACUGUUGUGGUAAUCCAUGCUCCUUAUCAGGACAGUCAAGCUCCAGUAAUAUGGAUUGACAAAACCAAAGUUGAUUUCGCAGCCACUGUCUUGCUCGUCCCAAGUACCAACUGGAUUAUUGAACAGACAGACGUUAACAAUCUGAAACUGUACUCAAGCACUGAGCUUGAAUUUCAGGUCAGUGUCCGCACCUUUGGAUUGCACCUCCAAGUGAUGAUUUCCUCACCAUUAGGAACUUGUCUCAGUUCGAGAGGUCUGUUAGGAAACUGUAACAACAAUCAUACUGAUGAUCUUGAUGCAAACAAUACUAAACCAUGGGAUGAUAUAUCACAGGAGGACAUACACACCCUGAUUGCAGACUUGUGGAGGGUUCCAUCUUCAGAUUCUUUCUUCAUCCAUCAGUACCAAAGCUAUGUUGAGAAAGAGGUUCCAACAGGAGCAGUCUUUGCAUUGGUGUUGGAGAACACAGGUGGCAGGACUGAACCUCUGAAGAACUUGUCAACAUUCAUCUCCCACACUGAAAUGACCAUUGAGUUCUUGAUCAAACCUUAUUCCUAUGGAGGUGUCAUUGUUGCAUUUGGACUGGAGUCAACAUUUGCCAUAAUCAAUGAAGUCACCAUUAAAAUUGCUAUCGGUGUAGAGGUGUAUGACACUGGUAUUACAAACAAUCUUGAAUCCUGGAAUCGGAUAUCACUGGUAUUUGAACGUGAGAAGAACAGGCUGCAGUUUUAUCAUCACAGCACUGCAGGAGUUGUGAGCUCAUGCCGCUUCACCAUUGACCACUGGCUUUGGCUGGAAACUGGAGCAAUCCUGUCCAUUGGUCAGUGGCUGCCAACACCAGACAACCAAACUUUUGUCCUAAAUACCACCUUCCAUGGAGCCCUUGAUGAGUUCCGAAUCUGGGGUGCCUCAUUCCUGCCUGCCUUUGUUCAACUCACUGAUGUCACUAACGUUGAUGCAGUCAAAUAUUCAGACACCCUUGCUGCCUUGUACAAAUUUGACGCUGGCUUAGGCAGUGUAAUUUCAGACCCUGUUUUCAAUAAUGACUUCCUCACACCUACUGGCCCAUGGCAGAAACCAUUAUGGACGUACUCCAACGCUGACAUACCUGUGAAGUUUGGUACUCCAUUUGUGGCUGUUUUUCACAAUAGCUCUCUGCAAACGGAAGCUGAAACACUUUGCAGUAAGCUGAACAUCAGUGAUGGUGGACUGCAAGAUAUUUGUCCUGACUUGAGCCAGGCAAGCCUGGAUUUCUUCUAUCUGACUUGCUUGCAUAAUGCAGCAGCAACAGGAAGCACAGAUGGUGCGUUUGCAAUUAUUGAAGUGCUGAUAGAGUAUUGCCAGGUCAUUAGAGGUUCCAAAGUCAAUGCCAGUGUGAUUUGCGAGGUCUUUUCAGAAAUUGCAAUUCCAGAUUGGCUGCUUCUGUCAUGCACAAAUUGCGGAUUUGGAUUUCCCCAUCAAGAUGAUUACCACAUCUGUGUUUGCAUCGACGGAUACUGGGGCACAUCCUGUCAUGAAGUUUGCCCUGGUGGUGUCAUUGCACCUUGUUACAAUCAUGGCAGCUGCGACAAGGAUGGACUCUGCCUGUGUGAGGUCAACUGGAGAGGUCAGGUGGACUGUAGCGUCUGCUCUGCUGAUUGGCUUGGAGAUGACUGUGCCAUAGCAACGGCAUCCUGGUACAGGCAGUCAAUUGUGAACUUGAGAGUCUUUGCUGUGUGCAGUGCCGAAGGAAGGGUUGUGACUUUUGGUGGAGUGUCGAUCUACAUUCGUCAUGUUGGCAUGUACAACAUGAUUACUCAUGCUGCUAGCAACCUCAAGAUUAAUUUAAGGCUUUCAUGGUGUGCUAGAGUUGACAGCUUUGCCACCUGUUUUGAUGCUAUUUCCAUUCACCAUCACUCCCACACCCUCAUUUUCCGGGCCUCCACAGACUCAGUUUUCUUGCAGCCGACUAUCUGGCUUAAUGGAAAGAUAAUCUUUCUGGAUCACACAACUUCCAUCAGCACAGAGAUUUCAGUUCUCCGGAUCAACAUCAUCCAGUAUCAAAUCUACAUUAGGCCUGUGGACCUCUUCAUUUUGGUCACAAUCCAUCCUCAUCAUUUUGGCAUCAGCAUUGACAUGCCUUCUGACAUCUGCAACAGCGUCAGCACCAGCAUGGAAGGAUUGCUUGCCUCCUGUGACACAGUCAGUGACAUAGAACGUGUCGAUUGUUCAUUGGCCGAAAUUGACACUCCUGAUGGUAAUUCGGCUUGUCAACAAAAUGCAUCCCAAUCGGCCGUUGACAAAUAUGCCGACAAAUUUGUGGCAGCUUCUCUCGGGAACACAUCUUUUGAGCAUUACCAGUAUCUGCUUCCUGUUCUUGGUGCCGGCCAUCAUCUCUACUUUGCAGACAGUGUUGUCAUUUCAGAGCCCCUGUCCAACUUCCCCUCUACCAGGUUUACCUUGGAGAUCUUCAUUAAGGUUGAGCAGUAUGGAGGUGUAAUACUCUCUUACUGCACAAGUGACAGUGUCUUUGCCUUAAUCAACUUGGAAACAGGACUUGCUGUUUUCUAUGGACAUCAAGUCCACGGUCUGAGAUUCCAACUGACACUGCAACAGUGGACACAGAUGUCCCUCAUGUGGCACCAGUCUACUGCCAUUUUUGAAGUGUACGUGUUUGAUGUAUUUGGAGUCGCACAGGUCCAGGCAAUUCAACUUGAAAGUAGUGCAUUUCAGAGUGGCGGCCACCUUGUGCUUGGGCAGUGGUACUCAACAAUUUCAACACCCGUCCCACCAUUACCAAAUGAUCCAUUCACAGGCUCCAUAGACGAGAUAAGAGUCUGGGAUCGGAUAACAAAUCCAUCUCUAAUUACCUCAAAUUGGAAGCUGAAUGCUGGGAAAGACACACAAGAUCUGCGAAUGGUUUGGAAGCUGAAUGAAGGGAAUGGCUCGGUAUCUGUUGAUCUAAUUGGUGGCUUUCAGCUUCAGUUCCCUGACUGGAAUAGGCCUUUAUGGAGAAUCAAUGGUGAUGAUUACCCGAUCGAUAUUGACAAUCCUCUUGCCUAUCCAGACUUCAACAAUGACACACUUGCUGAUCUAGCCACCUCCAAAUGUGAAGAAAUCUUCUUGAGUGGCCAUCUCCAUGAUUCCACUGUAGCUCUUGGAGUUGCAGUGAUUGACAUUUACUACAUUCAGUGCCUGCGGGAUAUUGCAUUCCAUCUUGAUCUCAGUGCUGCAGUAGAGGCAACUGUUUCUCUCUCUGAUUUGGCCCAGUCUCAGUUACUACUGGAUAAGUGGCCUGCUUGGUACCUGUGCAACAGCUUCCCCGGCUGGGACUUCCCCUUCUGGACUGGCCCCGACUGUGACAUUCCUUGCAUCUUUGGACGGAGAAGCCCACAGGAUCAGUCUGUCUGCAUUUGUGAACCAGGCUACUGGGGAUCGGCCUGCAGCAAUGUGUGUCCGGGAGGAGCGUUGAGCCCUUGCAGUAACCAGGGCAACUGUAACAUGACGUCCGGUCUUUGUGAGUGCCACUCCCAUUGGCUUGGUUCAGAAACACAAGUUAUUAACAAAAGCUACGCCUGUUCAGCCUGUUCAGCUGGAUGGUUUGGUACUGAUUGCUCAAUAAGUACUAUUGAUCAAACGCUAACAAGAGGUCUUUCCAUAUUCUUUGGCCACCUUCAUUUCACAACAUUUGAUGGCGCAAGUUUCAAUUUUGGGGUUCCUGGAAUGUACAGCCUUCUUACAACUUAUUCAACCACACUUCAGGUCCUUGUGGAGCCUUGCUUUGCAAUGGUAGCCUGUAGAGAGAUCACAGAGGUGUCAGUCACCAGUAGAGAUGUAACAUUGUCAAUCGGCAUUAAUCUGGAUGCGGUGGAGAGGUCGUUAAUUGUGCAGCAGAGAUCCGGACAGUCAUGGACAAUUAUUGAGUGGACAGAAAAUGGCGAAGGUGCAGCUGGAGACUUAUCAUACACAUGGCACAAACUGCAUCUGGUGAAUAUCACAACAACUGAUUCCAUUGUUAUCACUGUGGCACUUUACUCAGGUGUAGUUACACUAAUCAUUAACACCCCUAAAGGAAUCAACAUGGAGCCGGUAGCUAUGUCCGGGACAUGGGACGGUGACUGGAUCAACGAUGUAAAUGUUGGAGAAUUCCAGCCUGGAACAGGGGAUAUUCCAGACAGAUGGGUGUCUGUGAAUGACAGUGAUUUUGUGUUGGACCUAGCUUCCCAGAGAUACUGUGAUGAGGCUCUCAGCCGUUACUUUUUGGUGCCUCUUGGCAAUGCCGUUUUCGUAAGUGAACAUGCUCAGGUCUUCACUGGUGCCGGAUACAUUCUUCGAUUCAGCCACAACCAUGUGUUAUUUUCAGGCCUGACAGUCAAGGAGCUAGACCAGUUCACUCUGCAGUGCUGGCUGCGCAUUUCUGUCUCAUCUACCUCCAUUCAGACGUUGAUCUUGUUUGAAUCAGAAACCUCACUGGCUGUGCAAUUGGACAGGGAUGCUGUGAGGGUAGUCUUUGAUGGGCGUGUCAUCACAACACAGCUCAUUGUCCGAGCAGGUCCUUGGUUCCACCUCAGUGUGUCCUGGCGAAGCUUUGAUGGCAGAGUGACAGUGGACUUGUAUGCAUCAGACCAACAACUUGUGAGGACUCAUGUAGUAUAUGGAGUCCACACCACUGAAUACAUCCGGUUAAGUGGAAAUCUACAUCUUGGUCAACAUGCAGGCAAUGAUGAUUCUGAUUUUGAGGGUGACAUAGACUUGGUGCAUCUCAAGGAAUACUUCUCUCAUGGGGAAGACUUCAUCAAUGGUCAGGAACAAUUCAAUGAAGACCUUGUCCCAGGUAUGAUAUUCCUCAUUGCAUUGGAUGAAGGAAGUGGGUUGAAAGCAGCCACGAAGCUGUAUUUACCUGGAAACAGCAGUUUAGUUGAUGGAAGUUUAGGACCGGAAGAUGCACCUCCUACAUGGCUUCCAUCAGAUGCACCAAUCAACACUCAGCCAGACUACUCGCCCAGCUUUCCUACCCCGACCCUCAAAGAAGAUGCUGUAACUGCCUGCGCCGGUUACUUCUACCAAGAUCCUUUGUACAGUUCCUGCAAGGACCUGGAGAGCACUCUCCUGUUCUACUAUGAAGCCUGCAUCUUGGAUGUAGCAGCAAGUGGGGACGUGGCUCGUGCUAACAUCUCAGCUUACAUGUUUGCCCUUCUCUGCCAGCGGACCCUAGACGUCCCACCUGAGAAAUUCUGUGGAUUCUUUGAAUUCUGCAAGGAGAAGCCAACAGAUUCCUGCUGUGCUUGGUGGGUCAUCCUGAUCAUAGUCAUCUGCAUUCUCCUGUUGAUUCUGAUCCUCAUCCUCAUCUGCUGUAUUUGGAAGAAGAAAAAGGACAAGAGCAAGCAAAAAAUCCAAGUGGUCGGGGGAAAGAGGUAUGUUCGCCCUUUCUCCACAUCCAGACCCCAGUCUGGUAGUUCACAUAGGCGACUUUUGAUGGAGUUAUCACAGAGGUCCCUGCGACGCAUAGAGCCUGAGCCGGAAGCUGAGGGAGGCAUCACACUGAAGGUUGUCAAAACUCAUGAUGAAGAAGCCCCCCCAAUGGAUUCUAAAUCUGGACUAGAAGCUGAAGCCGGUGUUGAGACAACCUUCAGUCACCUUCCAAUCGAACACUUCCAAUCAGAUGACAGUAAGCAGCCAGCUGUUCUGAGUUCAUUUGCACCGCUGGAGCCUACCAAUAAAAACCAGUCUGCAGCCACCGAAGAUUAUAAUUCUCAGGGACUGAUGGGGCUCCCAGAAGGGGCAUUUGCAAUGCCAGUUGGGUUGGCUGGCAAUGAUGGCUUCCAGCCAGUGUAUGACGAUAAGUUUGAUCCCUUUGUUGACUCCGUAGACCUCCCUGAGUAUGACCCUCUUGAUGUUCCCCUUCCACCAUACGAAGGUCACCCACAAAGCAAAGAUGACACCGAUGCUGAUACAUUUAAUCCAGCUGGAGUAAAAUACCCGCCACCCAGACCAGCCUCGCAGAACACCUGGCUUGAGGAUGAUCAAGAUGAUGAUAACAGCUCAGCAGCAGUCUUUGGUCAAGCUGAUACCAAAUUACAGGAACCAGCUGGUGCAUGGACACCUGCUGACACCAUUUCUCACGCCUCAAGAGACUCUCCAGUAUUCAACUCUGCCACAAACAGUAGGCCAAAUUCUCCAUCCCAUACGACAGUCCCAGUGGCAUUUUUGGCCUCUGCUGGUAACCAGUCAAGCUCAUCCUCUGGAAGUGAAGCAGAAGAAGAGGUAACACCCCUGCAGACAGAAAGACCAACCUCUGCCCGUAGUGACCAGGAAGCCCAUACAAAACCGAAACCACAUGGAAAAGUGCAAGCACUGCGACAGUUGAUCCACAAGAGAAGCUCCCAGAUCACACCAAGAUCAUCCAACCAGAGUUCACCCCAGGGAUCCAGGAUGACCUCACCAGUUCCUGUUCUUGAUUUUGAUGCUGCGGAACUGGAAGAGCUGGAAAGUCUGCCUAUGCCCCCCGAGAAGUAUGAAAAACCAUUUUCUGACUGGAGGGAUGAAGGAGAAUCUAUUGUGUAAUCAGUGAAAACCUAUCCAAUUCAUUUGAAAUAUUUUACGGAACCCUUAUUGCCAUGUUCUGUUGCCAUAAAAUCACACAACUUAUGUUUAUAUUUGAGCUCUCUGAAAGUUUUAUCUAUGUACAUCUUGCUUUUGCUUGUUUUCUUGCACCAGGCCAAUGUUUUUGAAAUGCUUUUACAGCCUGGCUGACCUCUGAUUUGACCUCUGAGAGGGUCAUUCAACCUUGUCCUUAACAAACGAAAGUCCAGCAUACAUGAACCAUCCAUAGACAUGUUAUUAAAUUGUUAUCUUGUGUGGUUAUGUGUUGCCUGCAAGAAGUUUUGUCGCCAAAUCAAAUGUAGUAUUGUUCCACUGAAUAUAAAUUGCUGUUUUGUACCUUUCCUUGAUAUUACUCAGAAGUCACUUUAUUUGUAACUGUGAAUGAACAUCUUUAUCACUGAAAGACAAAUAUAUUUUAAUGAUUAAGUAGACAUUUAAAUGAGGUGUAUAAAUCUGCAACUUGUGCAUUCUAUAUGCUGUACAUUUUGAUAUGUUGAUGUGACUUCUAUUUUAAAUUACAAUUUUUACACAAAAUUUAUUUUGUUUAAGCAUCUAUAUAAUGCAGCUACUAUUCUCCAUUGUAAAUCUAACAAAGGAGUAAAAAUAUAUAUUUCUCAUCCUGCUUUACAACCAAAAAUGUCAAUUUUAAUUUUUCAACCUGCUACGAAUGCCUAGAAGUUGUAGGAAUUUUUAUGUACUUAAAGAUUAUUUCAUCAGAUGGAUAUGCACUCCUUCAUGUUUUGGAUAAAAUUUCUUUCAUUAUUAGCUGGUGUCUUUAACAUCCUAACAAAAAUAUUUACAUUCUUGUUUUAUCAAGAAUUCUUGCUUGGAAGGUUAAUGUGCUAUGCAAGUAAGUGUAUUAUGUGAGGUAACUUCAACAAAAGAUGAAAAGUAGUGAUUUUGAUUGUCUGAUAAUUGCGUUUUGGGGGAUUUGAAUUUUUUUUCUGUCAUCAAUCUUAUAUAUUCCACAGUGGUCUACAGUUUAAACAACUUGACAUUUGUGAUAGGGGGCUUGGUUCCUGGAGUUUUUUGAAAAUUACAUUAGUAGUUAGAAUGUUUAUAGAGUCAUGAUGUUUGUGUCUUGCAAGUCACUCUCAGUUGCUGCACUUUAGUCAGGAGCACUUCUAUUUUGUCAGUAUUUCAUGGUCAAGUGGCAGUGGUGACAGACCUAUGUUGUGUGGUGAGGGCUUCAGAACGUAGGUCUUUCCCAAACCAUGAGAUUAUGUGAUACAUGUGUCUUCAAGCAUGUCACUUGACUACAAGAUGCAUGUCAUUGCCUUGAAUCAUGGUCAGAGUGUUGAUUGUGGACCGGUGGUCGGGCGACAGACCUAUAUUCUAAAGUGAAGGCUUCAGAAUGUGAGUCUGUCGCCAACCAUAAGCUGUUUGUGUCCUUCAAGCCUCAAGGCACUCCUCUACAAUAGCUCCUGUAAAUAAUUUUAUUCCCAGAAAUCAUGGGAUCAUGUUCAGCAGUCCAGUGGUAAUAGAGUCAGAACCACAUUUUGAGGUGAAGGCUUUGGAAUGAGGGUCUCUCUCAAACCACAUGGUGUUUGAUCUCUGAUCUCUUCUUCCAAAUCCAAAAAUGCGGCUCCUGUUUGCUUCUCACAGACUUGGACACUACAUUUAAUACAAUCAAUAAAGCCUAAAACCAUCAUAAUCAUGCUGUUUAUAUGUAAAAGGACAGAAAUGUUCCAUUUUGGUUUCACAAAGUUGUCAGUGAUCAUAGCUUUUCAUAGCUUUCAGUCUUCCAGGUGAAGUGCUAUAAAACAAAUUUGUUUUUGAUGUUUACUUCUUUUAUAAUGAAGAAAUCAAUUUACUGACUUGAAGAGCUGUAAAAUCCAUCUUUAAAGAUUGAUGUCAUUAAGUCAUUCCUAAGAUCAUCAUGUUGGGGAUGGCAACUGUUCUGAUUUCUUAGGCUAGUGAUCAAAACAAAGUGUACACCAAAUGGCUUCUUUUGCUUGCUUUGAAUUUUCAGUUUCUGAUUUGCCAGAAAAAAAAUUAAGAAUAGUAACGCAAUU